AGGCGCAUGUGUGUGGCUACCUAACAAGGUGGCUGGGGGGAAACGGCCAGAUAGGCGGGGGUAUAAAUAAUAAAAUUAUGACGAUGAUGAUUACACGUUUAAUUUGUACAAAGCUCUUCACACUAUGCGUUGAUCUGUGUCAUGUGUUUUUUUAAAAGUAUUUUUUAUUAGGUUUUGCCAGUGCUUUUUUCUGGAGGGACGCAGGGGUACGCAUACCCCUAAACACUUUGUGAAUCUUUGUACUUUGGUCCAUUUACUGUAUUUAUUUUUCCUGAUGGUGAUUUUCUUGAGUCAAAAGGAGAGCCCCCAUACCUUUUUAAAAAAGGGGGGGGGGAAGCACUGGGUUUUGCAAUGUUAUAAUACAAGCCUAUCUUAAUAGCACAAACCGACAAAAAACAUAAAUAACCAAACCAAAACUGGGGUGGAAACUAGGAGAUGAUGAUUGAAAUACUGUAAUAGGCAGGAGUGGGAAGUGUAUUUGCUUCGUUGUUAUGUAUUAUGUUUUUCUGCUGCAAAACGCCCGUGCUCUUCGGAUAAAGGGCGGUAUAUAAAUUUAACCUUAACAUUUUUUCCAACACACAAUAUAAAGAGCUGUAAUGUCGUCUGAAAACGAAACAAGGCGGACCCAAAGUCAGGGCAAGGAACGCCUCGAUUCAUUCUCUAUAUACAAGCAUCAACAUCCGGGUUACAAACAACCGCUUGUUUCGUUUCCUAAAAUUUUAUACACCGCUUGAUUGUGAGGGGGGCGGGGAGGGGGAAGCCUCAACACCUGAAAGCGGUUUAGCUGCAAUAUUAACGGGAGAGACGGGGAUUUUAUAAACUGUCAGAUUAGGGGAGCGAGGUGUUUGAAUGCGGCGGAGAAGAAGAGCUUUAACGGGAGAGGCGGGACUAGGUCCCUCUGCCGCUCCUCAGACAGAUAAAGGCGCUUCCCGCCAGCGCCCCUGCUCUUUUUACCUCAGCUGCGUCUCCGCCCGGGAAACCCCGUAGAUAAAACUCGCCCCUUCUUCCCCCGCCGAGCGCUCGUAGGGCCCGGGAGAACCACGCAGACGACGCAGACGCCCCCGUCGGGCCGGCGCAACCUCCUCCUCUUCCCCGACCUCCACCUCGCGAAGCUCCCGGCUUUUCUCCCCUGAGGUGCCGCCGGCCCUGCCGCGCUUGCUCCUUCGCGGAGGCAGGCACCGGAAGCGGCGGGCGGCAGCCAUGACGGAAGGCAGGAAAAGGCGGAGCUUGAGACUUCAAGCCGGGAGGCGGCUGCCUGCUAAUAAGGGAGCAGCUUCUGAGGGUAAGUGCCUGGCGGAGGGUCCCCGGGGGAGCAGGAGAGGGGCGACGGAGGAGGAGGACCGAAGAGGGAGCUGGGCGCCACCCCUUGGCUGAAAUUCAUGGGGGGGCGAUGGUGCUCUGGGCAAUCCAGCCUCCUGAGCGCGUGCAGAGUGCAUCACCGUUUCCCCCUCGGAUCAGACCCAGCCAGGGCCGGUUCUGACUAGCUCAGGCAUAGGCAAACUCGGCCCUCCAGAUGUUUUGGGACUACAACUCCCAUCAUCCCUGACCACUGGUCCUGUUAGCUAGGGAUGAUGGGAGUUGUAGUCCCAAAACAUCUGGAGGGCCGAGUUUGCCUAUGCCUGGACUAGGUUUUGUUUUAAAGAGGGGGGUGGGUAGGUGGAGGGUUGUGAUCUAGUCCUCCCUCCCCACCCGAUUCCCAGAAAUCUGUAGCUGCUUAGUGCCAGCGACCCAUUGCUGCCUCUACAGGUCUCCUCUUGCUGCUGGAGGUGAGAUGGUGAUCCAAAGGAAUUGGGCACAGUGGGCUCCACUUAGUUUCUACCUAUUCAUUUAGGGAGGUGGGUGGUUUCCAGACAGGGUUGAGCUUCACUGCAGGGCCGAGCAUAAGAUUGCCAGCUUCUUUCUUACAAAGCACACCCUCCCCUUUUUUGGGGGGGGGAGCAAAACUCCACCUGUUGAAUACUGGCUGCUGGUGAACUUAAGUAGAUGAUUUCACGGGCACAGCCGAAAUUCAACAGGUGGGGUUUUCCACCAGCAUGUGGAGCUGGAUAGGAGGCUGCAUCUGUUGAAUGUCUGCACAUCAGGCAACUUUUGAAAGAUGCACAUGUUUCGGUUUUUAAACACGUGGCAACACUCUGCACAGUGUAACUGAUGGAAAAUGUAAGGAAGGGCUAGAACAGUGAUAAAACAAAUGCUUUGUAUGCAAAAAGUUACCUGGUUUCAUCCCUGGCAUUUCCAGGUAGGGUUGGAAAACCCUGUUUGAAAUAUUAGAAAGCUGCUGGCAGGCACUGUAGAUGGUGUAUGUGUAUGAGCUUCCUAUACUGUAUUCCUAAAUUCCUAAAUGUUUAUGUUCUGCUAUGAGUAAGGAAGAGCUUGCCUCAUUUACACAAGCACAAAAGCAUAUACCACCACAAUGAAGGUUUCUCAAAGGCUUAAUAAAAGGUUCAUGGUGCAGGAUAGCGCAUAGCUCCUGAAAUAUAGCAUGUGUACCAGUGAGAGGAAGACAAUUACACUGUUCACACAUUAAUGGUUUACCAUGAACAUGUGAUCUGGGCUACUUUGCCCCUCUGCAUUAGUGGGCAGGAGAACAUGGUUUAUUUUGCUUUAAGUACAGCUAGACAGCCAACAAUAAACCUUGGUUACAGAUUGUACAGUAGUUUGUUGGAGUGAAACAAUUCCACUAUCCCAGGUUCAAACAUCAUGCUAAAACAGAGAUUGUUUGUUUACGCUGCAUGCUAGUGUGGAGCAACAAAACAGUGAUAAAUCUUAAAGGGCAACACACAAGGAUUAUCUGCAAAGCUACUGAAUUUUGGUUAUUUGUGGAUUAGAAUCCCUGCACGUUAACAGAGUUUGGAGUGCUUGAAAUUUUAAGAUCCAAUUGUAAGCACAUUACAAGGAUAUAAAAGUAAGGCUUAAGUUGAUUCCAACUUCUUGAAUAAUUCAGCCUCAUGGUGCAGGACUGCUUGUUUUCAAUUAAGUAGUCUACUAUUUUUUCCCAUUUAUUGGAAGUAGGGUGGAGACUAUGUAGCACUCAGUAAAUCCAUGACCAGGGUGGAGUGUGAAUCCAGUUUGAAAUUUGCAACUAGCAUGGGAAGUAGGUGGGGAGUCAGUUGUGUAGAUAGCAACGCACAUGCUGCUCAUGUGCUAGUCUCUGUUCUCCAUACGGACUGACAAUAGGCAAACUAGGAUGGGCAUAGAAGACUUUUAGAAGACAUCUGAAGGCAGCCCUCUUUAGGGAAGCUUUUAAUGUUUAACAGACUACUGUAUUUUAACUACUCUGUUGAAAGCUGCCCAGAGUGGCUGGGGAAACCCAGCCAGAUGGGCAGGGCAUAAAUAAAUUUAAUUAUUAUUAAUUAUUAUUAUUAUUAUUAUUAUUUUAUAUAGGAGACAUACAAACAUACUCAUUUGUACUCAUGUAUUUGUACGGGCAUGCACAAUCACUCAAAACUUAAUGCAAGGAUUGUGAGUGCUUAAAUAGUUCUCCCAGUCUCCUAAAGUGAGAUUGUCCAUAUGCAGCUUUUAAGUUAAUCACUACUGUUAACUAGAUGUAGCGCAGCUGUAUGUUAUUUUUUCCCUUACCCACUUUCUAAUUAAAAGGCUCCCCAAAGGGUCCUAUAUAAAAUAAUGCAAUAUGGUUAAUUUGGAGCUGUUUCCAUAAGGACCUCUGCUUUAUCAGACAAAGACUUGCCUAGCUUAACAUCUUGUUUCUCACAGUGAUUAACCAGAUACCUACAAGAAGCCCAUAAGCAGGACAAGAAGACAAUGGUGCUCUCUCCCAUUGUUCUCCAGCAACUAAUAUGGAGAGGCAUGGUGCUCCCUGAACCUGGAAGAAGCAUAUAGCCAUCAUGACAUAUAUCCAUUAACAGAUUUAUGCUUCUUAAAUUCAUCUAAUCCCCUCUGACAAUCAUCUAAACUAUCAGAUCUUGUGGCUGUGAAUUUUAUCAGUUAACUGUUCAAUGUAUGAGGGCACUCCAUGAUCCAAUUCUCUAUGUUUUCCAUUUCUCAUCCUAUCUCACUCCCAGCAGUUAGAGUUACUAUUUAUAUUCUAUACGUCUUACUUGUAUAGUCACAACUUAAUUAGAAGGUUGUCUGUGGUAAAGUAGAUGAGAGUUACUGUCCUGCUCAGCAAGUGGUUUUCUGUUGUGGUAAUAACUGCUCUUGCUGUUUGGAGAUGCAGUUGUCAUUCUCACUACAAACCGUAGUUUGGUUUUCAUCUAGUCCACUGAACUGGGAGUAAACAGCUGCAACACAGCGCAAGGCAAGAGUGCAGACAUAGGUUGUAGUUUGGUCUCCAGGCCCUCUUGCUCCUGUGUAGGAUAACAGAAAACAAAAAUCCUGACUAUGGUACCUUUGGUGACAGAUUGGUAAACCAUGCUGUUACGGUAAAAUCUGGGUGCGGGGCUACUCUGCCACCCAGCUCGUCGGACUAAGUCCGCGGGUCCCUGCGGAAGAAAAAUGAGCUCAGCCGGAGACAGGAGCAAACUGCAGAAGAUCCAAGUUUAUUGCGCAACAGGUUCAAGGCGAGAUUGAACAGCGAGAAAGGGGUGACAUGAACUUUUGAAAUUUCCCUCCAUGUCCCAGAAUACAGUGCAAAAUACAUCCCAGUUACAUCAUGAAUACAUUAAGAAGAGGUUGGGUUACACAGAUUACAUCACGAAUACAUUAGGAAGAGGUUGGGUUACACCGGAUUAACAUAUGGAGGAGGGAGGGGGGAAUAUGCAGAGCUGGAGAUAUGCGCAGAUAAGCACAUCCUGAGAAGACAAUGGUCCAUGUAUGCAUAGUCUGUCACCUGGCAUCGCCCGGAGGAAGGGCUUGGCAGAGCGAUUUGACAGGAUUAGGGUCUUGACACCUUGCUUGAGGGAUUAUGGAGUACAGGGGAGGUGUCAUGGAGUCCUAGAGAAAUUGAGCAAAUUGGCACGUUGAUUUUCUAUGAAUUUUAUAGAUUUUAGUCCCUUUUGACAUUGACAAUUGAAAAUAAAUGGAUAUAUUGUAGCGAAGAAGAAGGUGAAGAAGACAUGCCCCCCCCCUUCCGUAUCACAUGCAUUUGUUACUGUCAUUAACUCAUUAAGGAGGGGUUAUUGUACUACAAAUAGCCUAAAAACUGGGUUCUUUCCGACUAAGUUACACUCGGAUUAGACCCAUUAAAAUUAAUGGACUUAAUUAUGCCUAUUGAGUUCAGUGGGUCUACUUUGAGUAUGACUAAUGUUGGAUACAACCCUGUAAUUAUAGAAAGUACCUUCCUGGAAAAUUUCCAUCUCCUGCUUAGAAGCUCAAGUGUGUAUGUCUGUCCAUGUAUGUAUACACACAUACAUAUUUGGUUAAUUUCCCAGGAAACUACAUGAGAAUGUGGCACAUGCAUUGGAUCACCUCUAGAGCAGGCUUUGUAUUCUAUAUGCAAAUGUAAACUGGGGAUAAUUUACGCAAAUCAGUUUGUAAAAGAAUAGUUUGUUGUUUCAUUCUAUUCAGGGCGUGAAAAUACUGAAAUUGUUUAGCCAUCCAUACCUCUUAUUUUUGUAGAAUGGUUGUUAAAAAAAUACCUUUUCUUAGUGAUGGGUAGACUGUCUUUCUCAUGUUGGUCUGCUUUAGGUAAAUAACAUUCUUUUUUAAAAUCGUUUGUGGCAUUUCUUUUUAAUAGUAAUAACAGACUUGUUCACUCAGGAAACUGGCAGUGCUUGGUUUUAAAAGGAGAACCAAUUGUUUGAGAGACCAGCUAAGCUGGAAUAAAAGGCAGGAGGCCUUUGAACAUAGCAGGCUGGCUUGUAUUGAUCACUGCCAUCUGCCUUAGAUUGAAAAAGACCUUUUUCCCUAGAUAAAUAUUUGAGAUAAUGCCAUUGAACUAUCUGUUUUAUGACAAAAAGGCUUUUGAUGGGUUGGGGAAUGACAAUGAAAGAAAGCCUGCAGGAUUAAUCUAUGAUUGAUUUCUUUAAAUAUCAACAGAAUAUAUAUCGGUGAGACUGAGUUGAGCAUGUUAUAUUGCAGCUGGUAUAUUCUGUGGAAGACACAGGUGAAAAUAAUGGUAGCACCUGUCUUGAGGUGCACCGGUUUGUGUAUAACCAGUGACUUUUUGAAUGUAGUAUUAUUACAUUAGAGAUUUAGGCCAAACUGUACUUUUAAAUCACGUACUACAGUGUUUGCAGCAGAUUUCAGCUCCUUUGCAUAGGGUUGUUCAUUAAGCUUCCAAAACAAGGCUGAGAUGCUCCAGAAUGUUUUUGCUUUGAUCUAGCAAGAACAGCUCUUGAAUAAAUUGUGUUAAUUGCCAAUAACACCAUUAUUGAUAAUUCUGUGAUUGCCAUGAGGAAGUUUAAGUCUGGAGCUCAGGUACCAAAGUGGAGGGCCAGAAAGUGGAAGAUCUGUACAUUUCCUGUGAAACUAUAUGUCCUGCCCUGAACUCUUUGGAGGAAAGGUGACACAGAAAUCAAAUAAACAAAUGGGAAUGAUGACGUUUAACCCGUUGUGAAACUUAACAAUUGGACCUGUAGGUAAAAGCUAAAGUACUGUAUUUACUCGAGUCUAAUGUGCUAUCGAAUCUAAUGCACACCUCAAUUUUUGCAACGUAGUUUGGCCAAAAAUGGUGAGCAUAAGAUCCGAGUAAAUACAGUAAUAACAAACAACAGAGGAAGCUAGAAUGAAGAACUAUCUGCCUGGUGGUUCUUCUGUAUUUUCACAGAAUUUAUUAUUUUUGUUUCCACUGAAUGGAACUCUACUCAUUGCUCGGAAGCCCUCUGUGAAUAAGGAACAAUGUUGUUGCCUUAGGCACACUCUUAAUUGAGAAUGUCACCUUGUUGCUCUCCACAGAAUGAGUUUAAAAGUGGAGUAGAAAGCUGUGUCCCUCUUCUGCAAACUCUAGUGCACUGCUAAUGUGAAAGAAAAGGAUAAAUGGUGCAUUUGCUCACAAGUACCAACUAGAAAGCGGAGGCUGCAGACAUGCACGUGAGACAAUCACGUCCCUAGGGUUUGCUGAGAGGGGUCCGUAAUUGCUCAGUUCAUGCAGUAUUAAACAGCAGAGAGGAAGAACUAGCAGUUAAAAGAUCUUCCUGUUCUGCAAAACAUGGCUGUAUACUCCAUUUCAGUAAUGCGUUGAAUAACUCCGGAUAAAAUCAUUGGACUGCUCACACCCUUUAUGCACCAGCUUCUCCAUAACGUUUAUCAGUACUGUCACUUCCUAAAUAUGUUUACUCAGAAGUAAAAAUAUUUUCUAUAUUUCUUUUUCUAUAUUUCUUUAACCAAGAGCAUAUAUUUCAAUGACAUACAAAAAGUUAAGAAGCAAUACAAUUGAAUUAAAAAUAAACAUACGCCGCACAAAUAAUAAUAUUUUUUUAAAUAUAACUUUUGGUGAUUUCAUUCACAAUUCCUGGGAAUAAUAAUUAUUGUUACUUAUCUUUGAGGGUGGUAAACAUUUCCUUUAUUUAUAAAUAUUGGUAUAUUGUCCUUGAAGUCAUGAUAUUCUAACUUGAAGUUGAAACGUUACAAAGAUUUUCAAGUAGUAGCAUAUUUCACAGGAGGCAUUCAAACAUGGUUAUCAUUUUUUAUAUAAUUUAUUUUCUGCCACAUAGUUAAAAACAAUUUUUUUGUUCUCCACCUUAAUUUUCAAGUUAAUUUUCCAGAUUUGACUACACCAACAAUUCUUAUUAAAUCCCUCUAGAUAUUUUGAUUUUUUUAAAAAAAAAAUAUUUCUAUUUAGCAGUAAGUUUGUGAGUUAUUUUCAAGUUAAGAGACUUAGCAUUAACUAUGCAUUUUUACUCAGAAAUAGGUGCCAUUAGAAAUCAUAUAAAUCUAGCCCUGGGCAACAUUCAGUUAGCCUGCUCUGGAUGAGUAUGACUUCUUCUUUAUAUGAAAUAUAUUUGUGAAAAGAUAUAGUAUCCUUAUGGAAGAGGCUGUAUUUUUACUGACUUAAAAAACUAGGAAAGGCAACAAUUUACCGUAUUUUUUGCCCAAUAGGGGCGAAAAAUGAAGGGGAAAUGUGUGUGCAUCCUAUGGGGCGAAUGCAGGCUUUCGCUGAAGCCUGGAGAGCGAGAGGGGUCGGUGUGCACCAACCCCUCUCGCUCUCAAGGCUUCGGGCAGCUCUCCGCAAGCCGUGGGAGCCCGGUGCGAAGUCACACAGCUCUCCCACGGCUUGCAGAGAGCUGCCUGCAUCCCGAAGGCUUUGGGCAGAUAUCCACAAGCCUGGGGAGACUGGCGCGACUUCCCGCCCUAGGCUUGCAGAUAGCAGCCUGUUCUGGGGGCUGGGGUCGGGGGAAGCUCGGGCUUCCCCCGCCUGAGCCCCGCGCCUGGGGGGGAAAAAUAAAUUCCCCCCCCUUUAUUUCCCCCCCCCCCAAAAAAAACUAGGUGCACCCUAUGGGUCAGUGCGCCCUAUGGGGCGAAAAAUAUGGUAAUUCUAUUUCAACUUUACAAUGGAUUGACUUUCUCUACAGGGAUCAGUGUGCAAACAGGGUGGAGGUGGAGAUUAAAUCCUUCAUAGACAACUGCCAUUAAAACUUUGUAAUUGAACUACAGAUGUUGAAAAGGGGAACAGUGGAACAUUAAAUACCAUCACCUGGAACAUUUAGCUCUUUAAUUGGUGAGUGUUUUUCUGAAAGAUAUUUGUUUCCAAUAUUUAGAGAUUUGGGGUUGAUAUAGAAAAAUAGGGAUGGUUGUCUUUUACUGCCCAACUCCCCAAGGUGUUAAGAUUCCUGCUCUGUGAUUGCAGUCAUGGGAUUGUUGUCUAUCACAUGAUGGUGUAUGUUUUGACUCCACAGAGUGGGAAGUGACAGAGACAGGAUGUUUGUGUUACUGUGUUCCAUGAAGUGGGACUAUUGUCCUUUGUUCUUUCUCAUUGCUGUCUGAUGAGAAAGAGGAAGGAGCUAAGUCAGAAUGCUCCAAGUGUAAUAUAUGUAAAUAAAUGUAGAUUAGCCAGAUGCUGAGCUAUUGAGUUCUGUUAUGCAAACUGCGAACACUCUGCGGAUCCCUAAGUGUGCCGAAGACAAGGGUCCUACACAAGAGUAGGAUGGCUCCUACACAAGGGACUGAGUCCCCUAAGUAUGAUCGGUCAGAGGUGAAUGGAUGGAGGCAGGAUGCAGUGAAAGCAAGGCAGAUCUUUAUUUUUCUGUUGCAACAGAGUUCUCUCCCCUCCUAUCAAGGAGGCAAGAGAGACCCAGAAGCAAGAAGAAACAUCUCUUUUAAGGGUUUGUAUUUUGGCGUGGAGAAGGACAAACAACCAGAAAUUACAUCACACAUAAGGUGGGGUUACUGUGGCUCAGGCAGGCCAAGGUGUGAUAUUCCUGAGGCUUUAGCAAGUUUUAUGUAGUUCCAGACACAGUUUACACAGAACAUUAGCAUUUGAUAAGACAAACAUCCCUCAGUGCGAAGCAUCUGGACAAACAAUGACAAUUAAUACAAAGGAAAAUCAGUGCACAGAUCUGUUGUAGCUGUAUUGGCUGAUAACACACUUCAGCUCUACUUAAAGAUGAAAAAAAAAUUAUGAAUAAAUAAUCACAGUUCUUGGUAUAGUGAAGGUUUUUUUUUAAUAUGGUAUUAUGUUCUUCAGCUGCAAUUGUUUUGAAAGUGUGCCAUCUAGCGUCCAAGAGUUGCAGCCUGAUUUGUAAUUGAAAAGACAGUCAAUGGGAUUUAUUAAAUACGUACUAUUGUUCAAGUCUAGGAUCCUAAGCAUAUAGUCUCCAUAAAUCAGAUAUAAUUGGUGCAGAAUCAUAACUAAUUGUGCAUAUAAUUUAUUCCCUUAAGCUCUGUGUGUUCAACUAUUUUCAAAAUAAUGUAAAGGGAGCGGAAGUUGAGUUUUCAGUCAAGAACUAAGGUAAUUUUAAUUGAAAUCAUAGAAUUGUAGAGUUGGAAGGCGCCCCAAGGGUCUUAUAGUUCAACCCCCUGCAAUUCAGGAAUACUGUAGUCUAAGAAAAAUAAUGAUUUUGAUCUGAAUAACUUUGAUCAGAUGGAGAAAAUGUCUUAAAAUGCAACCCAGUACAAGUUUCCAGUUUAGUCAGAAAUAAGUCUCACCAGGUACAUUAGUGCUUAUACCCUAUAAAGUGCUUAAGUAUACAGCCUAAUGCUGCAAUCCUAAGAAUGUUUGUUAGAUUUACUUAUAGCAAACAGGAUUGAAGUCUUAGGCUUUUGUGAAUUCUUGGGCUAUGUAGUGAAAAGUGUUUUGCAGAGUAGCACCAUAGUAUAUGUCUAAACCACAGAGCCUAGGGCUUCCCUAUCAGAAGGUCGGCGGUUUGAAUCCCCGUGACGGGGUGAGCUCCCGUUGCUCUGUCCCAGCUCCUGCCAACCUAGCAGUUCGAAAGCAAGUGCAAGUAGAUAAAUAGGUACUGCUCUGGCGGGAAGCUAAACAGCGUUUCCGUGCGCUGCUCUGGUUUGCCAGAAGCGGCUUAGUCAUGCUGGCCACAUGACCCGGAAGCUGUACACCAGCUCCCUCAGCCAGUAAAGCGAGAUGAGUGCCGCAACCCCAGAGUCGUCCGCAACUGGACCUAAUGGUCAGGGGUCCCUUUACCUUUACCAUAGUAUAUAGGGCUUGUGUUACAGUAUGAGAAACUGGGAAUAAGGAUGCCUCUAGCAUACGUCUAUGAAAAAGGGCUUCAUUAAAAUGGAAGAACAUCUCUGGAUUUAUCAUAAAUUACCUCAUACAAUUCUCUUUCUCUAGGACAUAAAUGAGUCUUCCCCGAGCAGAAGAGGCUUUCUGCUAGCAGAACUGUAUAUUUUGAUCCAAGCCAAUGAUAGGGAUAUUAAUGGUCUUGGUUGUGGGUAGAAAAUGACAGUGGAUUGCAUGUGGACAAAGUUAGAAUAGAUCCACUGAGCUAUCUAGAUUUAAUUUAGUCAAUACUCUCCUUAUUUCACAUGAUGUCGUACUAUCCUGUUAUUUUCCAAUUCUGGACAGAGGUCACUGAUCAUAUCAACUUGGUUCUGGAAACAACUAAAAUUUAUGGACAAAAGGGCCUUGAUAGAACACCUCCUUAUUGUGUGGAAGCUUAUCCUGGGGAACGGAAAUGUAUUAGUUGUGCUCUGUUGAUUGCCAAACAUAUCAUUUUACAACAUUGGAAAAGUAAACGGACAAACAAUCCAACAAUGGACAAAAGAUCUAUUCUUGCUUUCCAUACAUGAACUAGCUACAGAUUACGUAAAUUUGGUACUUAUCAUGCUCUGUGGCAAUUCUGUACUGAACUCUGGCUCUAGUUGAAUGUACAGGUUUUUUUAUGAUGCCUCUACAUUGAAAGUGAGCAAAACCUAUGCAUGCUGACCCAUUCCUCUUCUCAUCUUAUUGCUUCCCUCCAGUCUUGUUUUAGUUUAGUUUGAUUUUCUUUUGGUUGUUUUUUUAUAUAUAUAAACAAAAAGAAUAACCACGAUAUAUUGAGUUUUAAAAAUAGUUAAGUCUAUGUCUGCUCUGAGUAAGAUUUAGAUAGAACCAAAUACAUUUUAUACUUGAAAGAACUGCAUAUACAUUACUAAUUUUUGUGACCUCCCUAUAAUGGCCCUCCAAAAAGUGCAUUUCAUUAAUAAUAAUCAAAUGUUUGCUUCAGAAGACCCUUCUCUUAUGUGACCUUGAAACAAUCUUGGUAAUAUUUAUUAUUUUUAUUUUUAUUUUAACUGUCCUGCCUUUCAAAACACAAGAAGAAAUAUACUCAAAAUGCAGAAUAUUAAAAUCCAUUUAGAAACCGUAACAACAAAGAUUAAUUAAUAUUUGUAUUGAGAAAGGGAAAAAUUGAUGGAUUUUAGGGAUCACUGUUUCUGUUUAUUUAUAUAUACAGGCAACCCCCAAUUUGUGCAGGGGUUGUGUUCUGGAUCAUCUUCAUUAUUGCUUUGCAUAGCUGUAUAUUUAACCUUUUAUAAUUUUAUUAAUCACAUUUCUUCCUUUAAGAAAAAAAUGAAAGGAUUGACUGAAGAUCACCUGUACCUGGACUACUUUAAUCAGAAUGCAGAUUGUGUCUUUCCUCUCCACACCUCCAUAUCCUUGUUUUUGUUGUCAUACUGUGACUGCAAGACAUUCAGAGUAUUUUUAGUACUGCCAGGUGAAACAGCUUCAGAUGCCCAGCCUAAAGACAAAGUAUUUCCCAAGGACCUGGAUAUUUGCUUCAUCAAAAGAUGUCAACUUCCUUUGGUGGUCCAGAGCUGCUGUUUACCUGCUGUUGUCGAGAAGAAUGGAAGAUUUUGUCGAGCAGGACUUGCUGUGGUAUUGAGGCACAUAGUACAAAAAACAUAUGAAGCAGAUCCAUCAAAGGAGGACAUUUUGGAACUCUUGGGAUUUAAAAAGACCUGCUUGAAGGCUUGUGCUGAAGUGAGUAUUUCUAGUUUUUCGUAAAUCUAUUUCGUAAUAGAUUUCACAUAUAUUAAACCUUGUUCAGUGCAUGACCCUAAUGCAGAAGUGACCAGUUAGGCUAUUCACUGAACAAAGUUUAAUAUAUGUCUGCAGUACAACUCCCAUCAUCCCUGACCAUUGGUCGUGCUGGAUGGAGCUAAUGAGUGUUUUGAGUCACCACUUUAUUAUGAAAGGCCUGGAAAACAGUCAACUGAUUAAUCCUAUUUAUUUGCAGGUUAGUGAAUGGACCAGACUUUGUGAAAUCAGCAUCCCUCAGGCAGUUCAAAACUUUCUGAGCGUGUCUUUGGAUAAGGUUCAGAGUAUUCCGGAGGAAGUAUUACAGUUUGAAAAGAAGCUGGGAGAGCCUGUAAGAGUACAUAACGAUGACAAAAUUCGAAGACAGAAAGUUCAACAGCAAAAGACCUUCGUCAAGGAAGCAUGUAAAGCUGUUUCUUCACAAGAGGGAAGAUUAGCAGAAAAUCUGGAGUCCUCUCCUGCAGAACUGGAACUGAGUUUAGCUUUAUCUAAAUUAACUGUGCAGAAAACACCAGUUGCUGCCAAAAGGGAGCCCUCUCAUAUUAGGAAGAUGAAAACAUCCGAAUUGCCACUCUUGGAACACGUUUUUGCUGAAGGACUAUACUUCACUUUGGCUGAUGUAGUCCUCUUUCCAUGCAUCCAUCAUUUUUUGGUAAGGAUUUACACAUUUAUGUAUGUUGCUUCCCAGUAAACUGUCAACAUUAUCUAGUAGAUGUUGGGAAGAGACGAAUCGCUUGGGGCUUAUGUAUUCUCAGCAUAUUUUCUCAGAAGUAUAUCUCACUGAGUUCUAUGCAACUUACUCCCUAGUAAGUGUGCUUAGGACUGCAGCCCCUGCAGACUGGUAGAACCACAAUGCUGGCUCCACUAAAAGCUCUAUUCCUGUAAUGGCUCUGAUUUAUUUAUUUUUAAGCUUUAAAUCCAUUAAUCUAUUAUGUCACUCUUUGUAGUCAUAGUGGUUAAGUUAGGCAUGAGAAUCUCUCUUUGUGUACAACCCCACCACUACCACUCCACAGUUUGAAUCUGAGUGAGGCAGAAAGCCAAUAUAUUCCUGGGUAAGCCCACAAGGUAGUGAAUGUCUUAAGAUAACAGAGACACGCUUGAUUCAUGCUUGUACAUCAGGUAGGUUCAUAAUUUUUUUCUGAUAACCAGAGCUUUGUUUUCUUCCUUGCAGGGUUUCAGCAAGAAACACCAAGAGAACUUGUUCAGAUUGCCUUUGAUAUCUAGUUGGUUCCAGAGAGUUCAGGAAGUACCUGGAAUAAAAAGAGCUGCUGCCAAAUGCAAUAUGCAAUUUUUACCCCAUCAAGGCUCAGUCUCUUUAUCAGAUGAACACAUGCAGUUUAUCUGCACGGCUUCUGAUGAGCCAGAGGAAGAGCAUGAAGACACUUCAUUUAUAGGUGGACCAAGGCCAACCAUGACAAAAUUAAUGGUAACUUAAUAGUUUCACACACAACACACUCACUCACUCACUCACUCACUGGCACUGAGUCAUAGAAUGGAUUGUGCAGAUAUUUUGAAAGAAUGCACAAAAAGUCAGCAUUUAAAUUGUACACAUAUUUAACAAAAUAGGCACUUUUCAAUGCAUUCAUCCAUAAUAGAUACUUUUUAUCUGGCUUCUCGCAAUAUCAAGCAUAUUUCUCUAUCAAAGGUCUCUGUCACUAAAAAUAGGUUGUAUUUUGUUUGAUGGUAUAAUCCUACCAGGGAGGGGGAGGACCCUAUAAUACUGAUACAGCUCAUUUGAAGUAGACAAAACUCCCAAGUAACACUUAUAACAGCUCUGCAAAAAUGAUCAACAUUAUAACCAUACUGCAGGUGGAGACUGAGGUUGAAAGAGCAGGUGCCUACCCAAAUAUUGAAUUCAUGGCUCAGCUGAGAUUUGAACUAGAGAUUUCCUGGUUCAUGUUCGCCAGCUUUCCCCAACCUGAUACACUCCAAAUGUUUCAGACUGCAACUCCCCUUAGUCCCAGUGAGCAUGUUUUGUUGACAAACAUAGUGGCUCUGUAUUUUACAUGUGCUGUUUAACAAACAUAAUUUCCCAUAACAUUUGGACAUCAUUACAGUACUUGGAAAGUUCACAUUUCUGUUUAGCUGAUUUAAGAUUUCUCCCCCUCCUCUUAAAUGCAGAAAAGUGGUAUUGAAGCAACAUUUUCCCCUCAUCCUUGUCCUAGUUGGGCACUAGAUUGGGACAGUCUGCCAGCAGCGGUUAAUCCAGGAGAAGGUAGGUUUGUUUUAUUUGCCUUAUGCUUUUCCUGUUGAAAUUCAUUUGUUUGCAAAAGGAUGUUUUGACAACACUUUAACAGGUCCUAAUAAAGUAUAUGUCCAACUGUGGAUUUUGGAGGGUUUUUUUUCUUCUUCUAAUGGACCAACUUUUAAUAUUUCAAAUGCUACGUUCUGUAUUGAUACAGUUCAGUAUCGUAUUUCAGCCCCCCCCCACCUCUGCCGAGUUAGGGAUCAUCUCCAAAUGUAUGUGUUUGAAAGGGUGUGUGUAAAUUCAUGUAUUUAAGCCAAGCACAGACAGAUUUACAAAUACGUGUAUGUGCGCGCACAUGCACACGUGUGUGUGUGUGUGUGUGUGUGAGAGAGAGAGAGAGAGAGAGAGAGAGAGAGAAAAAAAAUUCCAGAGAGGCCAUCCUGUUAGGCUGCAGUAGAGUGUAAUGGAUUGUUUUGAAAUCACUUCAGCACUAGAUAAACCCCCGCCCCCAACCGCACCACCCUUUCCUGUCCUGUCUUUUGCCAGUUCAAAGGUGGCAACCCUAGCUCUGGCAUAUACUUGUGAAUCAAUACUAAAAUAUUCAAGGUUAAGAAGGGAUUAAGAUUUAAGUCCUAGGCAUAGUUACCUGGAAUUAUUAAACACAGAGGGGUGUAAUUCUGAAUAGACAAAAUAUUGGGCUGUAAAAUGGAUGAAGCAUCCACAACCCUCCUGAUAUUGUUGGACUUCAACUCCCAUCACCUCUAGAGAGCAUGGCAAAGAGUCAGAGAAGAUGGAAAUUGGAGUCCAUAACAUUAGGAGGGCUACAGGUUCUCCAUCCCUUCCGUAAAAGGUGCAUUAGAUCAAUUUCUCCCUUGAAUUCUAUGAUUGUUCUACACUUCAGCUUAUUGUACAAACUAACAUUAUUAAAAAUCUGUACACUUCUGAAACUUAAUCCUGUGUUUAUCCAUAUCUUUUUGUCUCUGUUCACUUAGAUUAUUGAAUAUCUAGUUUCAAACGUAAGGUGAAUAGACAGCCCAGAUGUAUUGCCAUUCUUUUAAGAUCUCACAAACACAUAAUGCAAGCAGUUUCUUCAGCUCCUCAGAUCAAUUUUUAACAGGAAUGCUUUUGUUGGUGAUAUUCCUUUAACAUCACUGCUGCCUGUUUUCAUUUUGCACCAUGUGUCCCAGCUGUAAAUACAACUUUCUUCACAGGCAUGAUAUGUCCUUUGCACAGGCAGAUGCCAUCUAUUUAAACUUCCCCAGAACUGCUACCUCUGGUGGCUUUUGGUUGACACUCAUGCAAAACAGCUGCAAUUUGGUUUUAUUUUUAAAGGGCUUAAUCACUACAUAAAUUGCAUGUCGGUGCAGAAUAGUGUCUGAAUGCAGGAAUAGAUCUUAAGGCAUUUGCCUUUUGAUAACCCUAUUAUCUAGUCUCAGCAGAAGUUCCUUAAGGGAAGGGGAUGUCAGUUAAAAGUAUUCUUGUGUGGGCUUAAGAGUUUGAUGUAUGAGGCCACCAAAUGUGUGGUGCUGAGAUGUGUAUGGUAAAGGAACACCAAGCCUUAUGUAUUGGGUUAGUUCACUUGUGGAAAUGAUUGAAUAAAAGAAAAUAACUGAAGACAUUCCACAACUGUGAUGCAGUUCCCUGAUCUUUCAGAUUUGACCUUGCUCUCAACCAUAAAACAAUUACCUGCAUAAUUCACAGCACAGAUCUGUUUGCUUAAUAUAUGUUAGAGAAGACUCCAUUGUUCUGAAAACCAACAAUGCAUUGGGGCUGGAUUGAAAUGUACGUCUUUUGAGGCCUGAAGUGGGAAGAUUUCACCUUUUCCAGUUCCUGGACUCCCCAUGCACACAUGUCAUCACUCAUUCCAAAUAUCUGUUUAAAAUAAGCAUGGGAGUGGAGGUGGGGAAGAGAAUCUAGGCAAAUCUACCAGUUGCAUCCUCACUGGAAGAAUAAAAUAAUUCACAGGAGUUCUCAAAACAUGUCACAAUAAAUAACAGUAAGUAAUAUAGCUGAAUUUUCUUUCAGUGCUGUAUUUAGCACAGAAAGCUUGAAAGCAAAAGCUCUUGUGAAAAGAUAUGGUAUUAAAAUUUAUUGCCAGUUUAAAGUGAUAGGAUCACUGCUGUAAACGUUGCUUUUCUUUCAAUAAUAAACACAACAGCCCCCCCUUAAGUAGGAUUCAAAUAGCUAUUUACCCUUUAAAAUAAGGUUUUAAAAACUGUACUUGAAAGUCCUUUAUUUUCUUUCUGAGUCUGUCAGAACAUUUUGAAUGGCUUUGAGAAGUACCUCAUCUUUUUUUGGGUAGCUUUCCUUCCUCUUAAGCUUCCUUUGCUGCUGCUUGUUUCUCACAACAGACGGUUCUUUGCCUGUUAAUCUGCAAGGAUAGCAAUGUAAUGCAAGUGAAGCUCAAGUGAAUCAACAAAUAUUUCUAAUUAAUCUCUUCUGCUGUGUCCUACAUUUAAAAUCUUCAUACAUUUUUGAAAAUUUCAUUGCACAAUGGUACCAGAGUAAUGGUGAUCCUAUGAUCCCAACAGCAGAUGGAAUGGCUCUGCACAAUUCCAUCACAUUACCUUAAGGAAACGGGAAGUUCCUAUUUCUUUUUUAAAAAGUUAAGUAACACUAAUCAAGUAUAUAAGAUUUUAAAUUUUGUUUCAGCACAUUGAGAGUGCAGUGGCUCUGUUUUAGUUGACUUGUUUUAAACAAACCUUAGUUAAGGAAACCCAGCCAAAUGGGCGGGUAUAACUAAAUUAUUAUUAUUAAUUAUUAUUCAAACGAAGUGACAAACUGGCUAAGCAAAUGUGGAAGCAGAAAUUCCUAAACUCUUCCUCCAAACUCUGCAGGAGGCGGAGAGGGAAGAGUAAAGCAUGCAAGCUGUGACUUAUGCACAUCAUUCUAAACCAGGUCGUUUUUGGCCAAUCCAUGCUGCUGAUUGGCACCACUCACAAAGCACAGUGCUCUGCAGGCACUGAUAAUCAGCUGAUCAUCGGUGCUUGCAAAACUGCUUCUGCAAGCACUGCCUGACAAUAAUCAGCUGAUUGUUGAUGCCUGCAAAGCUCUGUGCCUUUGUCACAUAGUUCAGUUCCAAACUGCAGGGGCAGAGGAAAAUUGGUCAGCUGAUGUCAUUGUGAUACCAGGUGAUUGACAAAUGGGUGGCUUUACUCACUUGUCCAUGCUGGCCCGCAGCAGGAAAACCUGCCCUCAGGCUGAAUCCAGUUCUUCACCCCUGCACCUAAAGUGUGACAUAAUGUGUCUUGUGAACAUGGCUGAUAUGCCAUUUGGCAGCCUAUUCUUAAAAAUAAAGAAGCUGAAAAAAUGCCUUUGACAUUCUUCUCUGGCAUUUUCUGGGAAAAGCAAACAGUUUUAUUGAAUUUUGAGUUAUAUAGUUUGUUGUCUUUGUCCCCAGUCUGCAGCAGGUUUAGAUCAUUUGCAGUUUCAUUGCUGCACGUAAUGUUUAUUUGCAAUUAAUGUCUGCAGUGGUUUAGAAUGUUAAAGGUACUUUCAUGUUGCAUAGAAUACCAUCCCCCCCAUGCAAAUAAUCCAGGCCCCCACCCAAAUAUCAUUAUAAAGGCCUUUUGUAUCAUUGUUCACAUAUGGCACAGACAUGACUCUUCUAAUAGAUGCAUUAAGUUUUAUUAUGUAUUUUGUAUUCUCAUUUUGUAUUUUUCCAUUUUGAAUCACUCUGGGAUCUUUGGUGAAAAGGCGGUAUACAAAUUUAAUUAGUAGUAGUAGUACAGAUUUCUUUGUAAACAAAAUCGUGUUCUUGAGAGAAUCCGUUUUUAAUCACAUCUCAAAUAUACAGUCCAGUUCUGUGUUUGAUACUGGAACAAAUGUUAAUCAUAUCAAUACUGUAGUUGUUUAUAAUAUUAUAUCAGUGUAUUCAUUGUUAGAAGAAAAUUCAAAUUUUAGAAUAUUUCUUUAGCAAAUAACAAAUUUUAGUGUGUUUUAAACAAGAAUAUAACACUUUUAAAAAAGAUAUUUUAUUAGAUACAAAAACAAUUUGACUUGUAUUGUUUAAACGAAACUGUAUUCAUCUUGGCUGUAAGUAUCCACAAUGCUAUAUCAGCUUGGCAAUCAGUACAAAGGUUAUAGGAUGCAGACAGAUUAUCUGUGUUGUACCUGUUUUUUAAUAAAUUUCCACAGGAAAUUUCUGGUAGGCUGGAAACCUUUGUUUCCCACUAGAGGGCAGCAAAAUCUGUUUGUAUGACCAGUGGCCUAUUUGGUAGAAAAUAACACUCAACAUUGGCAAAGGAUAUGCUGCAUGCAUAUGGCUUGCUGUGAUUCUUGGUAUUAUGUUUAGCAAGGCAUUAGUGACCUUAAAGAAAAUUACUGGAUUGUUAAAAAGAAGUACUCCUGACUGUCAUGAGCUGGCAAGGCUUUGGAUGUGGUGACUCUGUCACUCCAAUCUUCCCUGGCCACAGUUUGAUUUCUUUGCUCAGUAUGUCUAAAAUUGGAUCAAUUGGAUCAAGAAUGGAGGAGCAGAUUUGGACAGAUGUCAUCAAGAUGAAGUGAAAGCAAUGUGUUCAACUUAGCUAGCAAGGGUAUGAAAAGAAGCAGCUGAUUUAAAUUAAUUAAAGCUAGGAUUAGGUUAAAUAACUGAAGGAGAAAAAACAUCCUAAGCAGUUUAAGCUUUUUAUUUGACGCUGACUUUUUUGGUAACACAAAUUGCUACAAAAUUCAGAGAUAAAGGAAAUCUCAUCUGCCGAAUCUGCUUAUUGUUUCCAUCUGCCUUUGUAGUAGUUUCAGAUCUCCAAAUUAAGAACUGCAGAUGAAUUUCAUAAACUGGAUCCAGUCCUAUAUUUAGCAGGGUCAGACUUUUAUCUUGUUUCUUCCUUCAAGUUUAAAAGUAAAGUUAUACUGUACAUGUUUACAGAUUUAAAAUUUAUAUUGGCAGAUUUUGGGCCAGGAGCAUUGUUCUGACAAAAUACCAAAUGAAUCUUAAGUAUUUCAUUAUGCUCAGUUCAUCAUUGGUUCAGAUACACAAAAAGAUUUUCAUUAUCCCAAUUAAAGGCCAGACUGCUCUGUGUGUAUUGGAUAGAAUCCAACACUGUGCAAGAGGACUUCUGCUUGCAAAAUGGGACUUCCCCCAAAAUCUCCAGAGCAGAAUGGGAAAGGGGAGGGGGAAAUCCCAUUGCCCAGACUGAAGUCCAUUCCUCUCGUGAGUGGACAGCAUUGAAUGCAGCCCAGUGAUUUAAUAUGUAUAAUUAUUUCAGAAGGCAGGCAUUGUUCCAGCAAGGUUCAGAGAUCAGCUUCCCCUAGAAAGACCUGAUGACUUCUAAACCCCUUGGUCCUCAAUUGACCAUAAAGGUAAAGGGACCCCUGACCAUUAGGUCCAGUCAUGGCCGACUCUGGGGUUGCGGUGCUCAUCUUGCUUUAUUGGCCGAGGGAGCCGGCGUACAGCUUCCGAGUCAUGUGGCCAGCAUGACUAAGCUGCUUCUGGCAAACCAGAGCAGCGCACGGAAACACCGUUUACCUUCCCGCCAGAGCGAUACCUAUUUAUCUACUUGCACUUUGACGUGCUUUCAAAUUGCUAGGUUGACAGGAGCAGGGACCAAGCAAUGGGAGCUCACCCCGUCGCGGGGAUUCGAACCGCCGACCUUCUGAUCGGGGUGGGACAAUGGCUUGUGCCCAAGGGCUGUGGCACCUCUGAUUGUGUCUUCUGACUUCUUCAACUGGGAGUCUUUGCCUAGUAGAUUCCUAUUCUUUACCUCAAAUACCAUUGAUAGGUCUUGAGUCUUCCUCCAAGACGUCUUCAGGGGUUUCCCCCUCAGACUCUAAUCCCAACAAAUUCAGGAACCAUGAGACCUCCUAGUCAGGUAGUGCUUCCUCAAGUUGCUCAAGGAAGAGUUGCUAUGAUUAAUGUCUGGGACAUCAAGCAACAAAUGGAAGGUACGAUCAAAAUGAAUCGUGUUCAGGAGUUCAGAGGUCAAGGACUCAAGAGACAGGUGUCAUAAGUGGAAUAAUGUUGCAGGCAGAAUCAAAAUAGAACUCUAGGUCAAAGUCAAGAGAAAUUAUUGAUGAUUGCUUUGCUAACCUUAUAGAUGUCAGUAUAUUUCUGUUUGAAGAUAAAAGUAUGUAAUUGGGUAAUUUUAAAAAGAACAAAAUACCUUUCCUGUUUUGUCUUUCCUAUCUUUCAUUACAUUCCUAUUAUUAUUAUUAUUUAAUUAUAUCUGAACUAGCAGGAACAAUUACAGCCAUGACCCUUUACAUGAACAAACUUGGACAUGCAAGAAAGACCUUUUUCUAGAUAGCAGAUGCCUCUGUCCUAGGUCUGCCUAGACCAAAAUCUGCCUUGCAUUAACUUAUAAGCAAGUUAAGUGCCGCAUAAAGAGUUAAGGUGAGGCAGAGUUUGUUCUGAUGCCAAGUGAUUAGUUUCUCAGAUAUAUUUAUGACUAAAGUUGUUACUAGAGUAUGUGCAUAUAUAGACAAAGACCAUCCAGUGCAAGGUUUUUAAAGCCUGUAGCAACAGAUGAUGACAUGACUUUGAUAUGAGGCAGAGUUUCAUGGCUCAAUACCUGAGAGAUAACCAAAACAAAGAACUUACUGUAAAUCUGUCAUCUCUCAUUGGCAGGAGAAAUUUUUAGAUAGGAAAUGACAGGAAGGGAAAAUGAAACCUUUUGGCCUUCUGUCAUUAAAUGACACUCUAUUUAUAAAACUGUGCAGACCUAACAUAACUUAUUUUUUCCAUUGGAAAAAAAAUCCAGCCUGAAUCUAAAAAAAAAAUAGCCCAUCACGGCUACCCUGUGUGUUUUUUUUAAAAAAGAAGUGACAUAUAAAUUAAUAAUCUUAAAGGAGGUUUUUCCUACCUAUUUCCCUACUAAAAUACUUAAUCCUAUUGAUAUGGUGAUUCUAGAUCAAGAUACAUUUAAGACUUGCUGAGUUUUAUACUCAAAACAAUUAAAAAUGUACAUCACUUGAAAAGAGAGGUUAGAGAAUUCCUCAGUCAAGACUAUUGGUUGUGACUUUCUCAGACUUCUAACCAUGGUUAGGAAACCAAGGCCGUGUUCUGGGCUCAUUCACUCUCAGGAGAAUUAUCUACACUUUCAAUUUUUGAAGCUAACUGCAUUACCUCUGCGUUAUUCAUGCAAGGUUUUCAGAGUGUGCAACCAGGGUUGGAACCUGGCAUGGCCCCAAAAUCCUGUUGUGUUAGAAAAUGCUGCAUUAUUUAGUAUGGACAGCAAAAAAAGCUAAUUCUAUUCUAGGCUGCAUCAACAGAAGUAUAGUGUUCCCAUCAAGGAAAGUAAUAGAACUGCUCUGUUCUGCCUUGGUCAGACCACAUCUCGAAUACUGCAUCCAGUUCUAGGCACCACAAUUUAAGAAGGAUAUUGACAAGCUGGAACAUGUGCAGGGAAAGGCGACCAAGAUGAUCAAGAGUCUGGAGAUUGAGCAGUGUUCAUUUAGAGUCGAACAUGUUUUAAGAAAAAAUCCUUUUUCAAAGGCACAUUUUUAGCUAUGACUCUGACACAGCAUGGAUACUGCACUAACUCCUCUUAAUGGCUAGCUUGCAGACGAGAGGUGUGGGAAAGUGUGUGAACUUGUGGUACCUUCCUGAUCUAACAGUGCUUCAGUGAUAGUUUUAGGCUGUUGUGGUAAUGUAAGUGGUUUUUUCUAUGCAAAGGAGUUUGGCAUGAAUGAUAAAAUGAGAUUCUAUUUCUACAUUAUGUUAUACCAGGCUGUUUGUCAGGGAAGCUUGCACUUAGUUUUCCAGCAGUAUCUCAUUGACCUGGCUUACAAAUCUAGACUUUUUUUUUACUUCUGCUCUAGAACCACGCCAUAUACUUUUAGACUACUUCUGGGCCACUCACAUGGUCCCAGGUUGUCACUCUUGAUGAAGAGGCCAUCAGACAUUCUACUCAUUUUCUAGAACCCACUAUUUGAAUUAUCUGCCUUCAUUCCACAUCACUGUUCCCACAGCAGCCAAAGAGUUUGGCAAACUCCCUGUAUUACUAUUUUUAAAUUUUAAUCAGCAUUGUGGCCUAAAUCGCUUAAAAAGUACAUCCAGGGCGGGUUUUCUUUUUUGUUGUUGUUACUUCUUUUGACACCAUUUCAACAGGUUUGAUUAUUUUAAAUAGAAUGUUGUUGUAGAGGCUGGUUCUUUCUCCUUGUUUUAACUGGCAGGACAUCAAACACAAGGUCACAUCCAGGUCUAUCCAGCAAAAAGCAGGUCCGUUUGUGGCAGCAAGCUUUCAAUUUAUUUCUGCCUAGGAGGUUUAGAAGACAAUAACAUAGGUUAUUUUGCAAAUAAUCUCUGACCAACCGUGUUGGAUUCCACAAACUCUAGAUUGUCCUAACUAUGCCUUUAGAUUUUGAAUUUUUGCAAUUCCUUCGUGGAUUUCUUCUUCUUCUUUUUCUUCCUCCUCCUCCUCCUCUUCUUUCAUAUUUUGACUUCAGGGGUUGCCAAUUUUUGGACUUGCAUUUUGAGAGAGUACUGGGGGUACCAAUCACUAAAUGGCUUCCAUGGAGGAGACAUGGCAUAACACAAAAUGGCUGACAUGGAAACAUGGAAUAACACAAAAUUAGAGAAGCAACCACCUCUAACAACCCUAUGAGAAAGUCAAUCAUGUCUUGCUGGUUCUGUUUAUGAAGAGCAUGUGCACACUUGGGACCAGGAAAAAUAAACAAGGUAGCUCUGCCACUCUGAUUUAACAGAACCCCUUAAGAAGGUACCUUUACAUUUUGCCCCAUAAUUUUCUUUCUUGGUAGGUUAGAAUUUUAGUUUAUUUUUUAAAGUGAAAGCUCAGAGUCUGGAGCAACUGGCCCAGAGGCACUGUUUGAAGUCUUUGUGAGUGCCAUGGUGCCCAUGGAGGCUAGGUUGGUAACCCCUGUUCUAAGUACCAAAAUGUAAGCAAAACAACUAUUCUCUGCCCUGAGGACCUUACAACCUGUAGUUGUAACAGUAGAGAAGAGACUGGGAGAUAGAUAAGAGGGCAACAAAGCAUGAAUAUAGGUAAAUAAAGUUACUUAAACUUUGGCUUUGUUUCAGUCAUUGGCUGAGGACUUAGGGAUUGUGACAGAUAUGAUUUGAUUACUGUAUAAUUUAACUUAAUACUAUUUCAUUAUUCCUUUUAUGUUACUGAGACUAGGGCAACUGUGGCCAUUGUACAGUGAAGUGUGCUGUAGUAUAAACCUGUCCUCAGUCUAUGGGACAGAAAAGCAACACAUGAUAACACAACAUCUAGGCUUACUGACACUACACAGAAAGGUGGUGGGAUCUCAGCUGGAGAUUCCUGGGUGGGUGUUACUCCCUUAUCUGCUCCCUAGCCUCACACCUUCCCUCUAUGAGUGAAAUAAGAGUUGGCUGUUGUUUUAACUUCAGGUACAACUAAAAUCUCCUGCCAACCUAUCAGUUCGAAAGCACGUCAAAAUGCAAGUAGAUAAAUAGUUAUCGCUCCGGCGGGAAGGUAAACGGCGUUUCCGUGCGCUGCUCUGGUUCACCAGAAGCGGCUUAGUAUGCUGGCCACAUGACCCAGAAGCUGUACGCCGGCUUCCUCAGCCAAUAAAGCGAGAUGAGCGCCCCAACCCCAGAGUCAGUCACGACUGGACCUAAUGGUCAGGGGUCCCUUUACCUUUACAACUAAAAAUAAAAAAGGCCCUAUAGCAAAUUGAUGUACCCUCUUUAAAAAGAACCAUAAAAAUUGAAUGGCCCUUGCAUCCCUGUUGUGCAGUGUGAAGCACCCCUAGCUUUAAAGGUACAAUCCUGCGUAGCCAAACCAAAUCAAGCAACACUUGAUUGACUACAGGUUUCUAAGAAAUUGUCUGUUUUUCCAACAAGACAAAACAGUAAUUUCACUCUAGGAAAGGGCAAUUAUACCUUAAGACACCACUAUAUAUGAAUGAGUCCUAUUGAAAAGCCAUGAAUUACAGUAGUGUAGGCUUUUGAAUUAUGGUGCUGGAGGAGACUCUUGAGAGUCCCAUGGACUGCAAGAAGAUCAAACCUAUCCAUUCUUACAGCCCUGAGUGCUCACUGGAAGGACAGAUCCUGAAGCUGAGGCUCCAAUACUUGGGCCACCUCAUGAGAAGAGAAGACUCCUUGGAGAAGACCCUGAUUUUGGGAAGGAUUGAGGGCACAAGGAGAAGGGGACAACAGAGGAUGAGAUGGUUGGACAGUGUUCUCGAAACUACUAACAUGAGUUUGACCAAACUGCGGGAGGCAGUGGAAGACAGGAGUGCCUGGCAUGCUCUGGUCCAUGGGGUCACAAAGAGUCGGAAACGACUAAACAACAACAACAAAAGGCAUAAUAGUGAUUUUGUGUGACAACAGACAUACACCAGUACCCAAAAUAUUCAUUCUGGUACUCUGUUUUGGAACAUUUGGGAAUGAUUCAUUAGAAAUCCUAUUUCCUUGAAAGAGUUCAUCCAUUGCAUACUUGAUUCGACAUGGACCAAUUUCAUGCCAUCAUUUAUGACAUCUAAUACCAUCUGCAUUAGAGGUUUUAAGUUACUGGUACAUCUUAUCUGCUGUACAUUUUUUUCAUGCUUGUUUGGGCUCUGCCUCAGCUGUGAUGUGUUUGAUACAUACAAAAAUGAGAUAAAGAUCAAGGUAAAAUCUGUAUUUAGGGCAAUUAUGUUUUCUUUGUGAAUGUGAAAUUGUCAAGAUGUACUUAGCUGUUCUUAGUCCAGAUUGUUGUUCUAUUUUUAAAGGAGAGAUGAGGUGAAAUUUCAUGUAUUAGCUUGAUGGAAAGAAAUGAAGCCCCAGACCCAUCUCUUUAGGACUGAUAUCAGAAGUGAUAUAUACAUUUAAGAAACUUGUACCAUCAGGCUGCCAUGGUGGAGAUAACCAUCCAAGUCUUGUGGUAGCAAAUUCUGAAUGUUACAACUGUGUUGUGCAACAGCAAUGACAUAGUAGGGAUAGACAAAUCUGUCAGUUUCUAUUUCCCUCAGUUCCUCCUUUUUCCUAUCUUAAAUACACCUCGCCACAUUUGUGAUUUAUUUUUUUUAAAAGAAAACCUCUCAAGAAUUGGUCUACAUUUUGGUGCAUAUUUCUCCUAAUAUGUACAUUUUUGUAUGCAAUUUAUCCUUACACCUUUUUGCAAGCAGUUUCCUCUGACAUAAUGCAUUCUGUGUGCUAUAUUCACUAAUACAUGCAAUAUUAUACCAACUUGCCCCCUAAUUUACAGUUUUGUACACAUUUUUUGUUUGUACACAUUUUGCGUUGCAAAAUUUGAAGAAGUAUGAAUUUCAAGUUAUGCCUGUGUUUUGGUUUUUGCAUUGUUUCAGUAACUGCAAGUUGGAUAGAUUUGUAUUAAAACAAGAACCACUGAAUUUCUUCUCCAUCCCUAUGUCAGUGGCAAAGUUCAACAAUGAAAUAUGGGUCUUAUGUGUCAUUGAACAACAUUUCUUUCCCCACCGUUUAUUAUUAAAAUUUUAUUAAAUUAUAUAUAUAUGUGUGUGUGUAUAUAUAUAUAUAUAUAUAUAUAUAUAUAUAUAUCAUAUUUUUCGUCCCAUAGGACGCUCCGUCCCAUAGGACGCACCUAGUUUUUUUUUUUGGGGGGGGAAAUAAAGGAAAAAAAUUUUUCCUUUAUUUCCCCCCCAAAAGCAGGUCGGGGAAACCGAACCAGGUCGAGGAACAGCGGGAUGGUGGUGCUGCGCCUCCCUGCUGUCCCCCAAGCUUGUGGGGCUGGCCGAUGUCUGUCCGGCGGGCGGGGCGCUCUGCAUCAGGGCGUCCCGCCCACCGGGCGGCAGGCUGCUAUCCGCAGCGUGGGGAACCCUGCGUGGAACUCCUGCAGGGCUCCCCACGCUGCGGAUGUCUGUCCAGCGCACGGGGCGCUCUGCUUCAGGGCGCCCCGCCCGCUGGGCAGCAGGCUGCUAUCUGCAGCGUGGGGAGCCCUGCGGGGAACUCCCGCAGGGCUGCCUAGGCUGCGGAGGUGUUCCCGAAGCACCGGGCACUCUGCUUUCAAGGCGCCCGACGCUUGGGGAAGCAGGCUACUGCCUUUUGUCAUGUGAAAUAAACCUAGAAAAGAUAUGAAGAAUGAAUACAGAUGACCAAGCAAUGGCUAACCAUAAUGUGCAUGUAACUGUUCAGCAAACUGGGUGGUCUGUAUUUUCCUGCUAAGUGACAGCUGAAGAAAAUCUUACUACACUCAUGCACCUGAUUCAAAAUCCAGGGAAGCAGGGGAUUGCUAAGAUUUUCUUUGGUAGGGCAUUACUGACCAUCUGCUUAUCUCUGGGUCAUAUGUAUGCCAUUGUAAGCUACCACUUAACCAGCUGGUUCACACAACAUACUAAGUCAAACACAGACUUAGUGAGGAGGAGCUCCCAGCUGCUUUGCUCUCUGAUCAUUUUUUAUUGCUGUGCUAUGCUGACUUAAGCUAAAGUUUGGCUGACUCUGCUGUCCAAGCCCUGGCUGUUGGUUAAGCUAUUUAUUUUGCUAACCUUGGCUACAGCUUAUGGUUAGUAAGGAGAGAGCUUGACUAUGAAUCCCAGUUUAGAUGAUGUGUUAAGCGAGAAUUUGGCCUAGCUCAGUAGAUAUUUGUGUUUGCAUGCUCACCAAGUCAACCCUUGUCAGAAACCAGCCAUUCUGUGACUUGAUACAAAUAAAAGUAUCUCUCUGUGUAUCAUAAACUUAGCGUUUGUCCUUUGUAAAUGUAUUUUGAGAAUGUUUACAAGGAUAAUGUUAACUUUGUGUUUUGAGAGUGUUUACGAGGAUAACGUUAACUUUUCUUUAAAGCUGUGACUUUCUAACACAUCCAUAUAUAGAUGCUAAUAAUACAGAAACCCUACUGAAAAAUGGUCUUCCCAUACUUUGCGUUCUUGUUUACUUUUUUUGUUUCUGUUAAGCACAAUUAAAGUCCCUGCAGAGGGACUAGGACUCAUUUGCAGACACAUUAAAUUGCAACAGGCAAUUGCAGAAACAAUAUUUUCAUUGGAAAAAUUUUAUCAGAGCCUUUAUUUUGUUUAAAAACAAAAAUGUAAAGUUACAUUAUGCACAAUUAGUUUCAAGCCAAAUCUUCAAGUUGGCAAAUAUAGUUAUGUAUGUGCUUAGCUUUAUGGAUGUGCUCAUUCACACUUAAUUUGGCAGAAACCCUGAGAACACCUUACUGAUACUAGUCCUACUGAAGGUGGUAGUAUUGCUUGCGACCAAGUGUUUUCAGAUGUGAAUCUGUUGGUCAUUGUCCAGAAAAGCAAUUUGUGUAAUCGAAAGGGAUUUAGUGUGUUCUGCAAUGUUUUGCUUUUAUUUUAUUUUUUUUAAAUAAUUUUUUAUUAAGGUUUUAAACAAAGAAAAAAGAAAAACUGCAAUGUUUUGCUUUUAGCACAGUAAUGUCUCUUUCAUUUCCACAUCUUGCAGCAAACCUCGGUGAGGGGUUUAAAAGUGGUAUGUAGCUUUAUGAGCCAGUGAGAAGAGAGACACUGUUUUCAGAUGAACUGGCAUGUGUAUGAAUUGUACAUGCCCAAACUUAGGGAUCACUGGUGUUAUAAGUGAAGCACAGCAGCAAGUAUUUGAACAACACUGUGUUAUAAUUUGAGGGUCAGCCUUAUCAUGUCCUUUGCUUUAUUAGAGGUUUGUGCCAUAAUGCUUAAUGCUCAAACAAGUCUGCCAGCGUUUUCCCCUACAAAUGCCCAUACAUUUCCCUAAUGGGAUAAAGUGCUUGGUGGAGGGGAUUUUCAUUUGGAAAAUGGUGUUGAAGGAAAGGAUGCACCCCUUUCCCUCUAGUGCAAUGGCCUUGAUCUGAAUUGAAACACCCCACAGGUUUUUACAGAAAUUUUAAAAGACUGGAGAUUUACUCAGUGGAUCACCAGUCUCUCUCUCAGUCUGGCUUUCAGUGCAGCAUAUAAAAAGGCUGUAGGAAUAAUAAUAAAAGUCUUGAUUUUCUCCUAGUAUAUUGUGAAUACUUAAUAAAAUAGGCCACAUACCAAAAAGCUCCAAAAAUAUUCAUUUCCUUCUGUAGUUCAUCUUAUCCAAGUAUCUAAAAGAACAGAAUGUACCGUUCAUUUUAAAUUCUGUCGGUUAAAUUUAGCAGUAGUGUUUGUUACUGACUAGGAGAUUACAGUGUUUUGAAAAUUAACUAGAAACAGAUUAAACCUAUCUCAAAAGAUUUCAUGGUCCAGCCAUAACACACAAAGUUGAUACUGCAUGCAUAUAAUUAAAAGCAUAUUUCAUAUGUUCCUCCCCCCACCCCAAAGGCUUUUUGGUUUGGUGCUUACCAGCUAAUUGCUCACUUUGAUUUUUAGAUAUCAAGUCAGGAGAUACAAUUAUUAAAUAGUUUGCCAUUGAUAUAGCAACUCAGUUUUCCAUGUAUAGUUAACAAGUAGAGAUUAGGAACAGGCAAAAUUAAGAGCAGUUAUUUAAGUAAUCCACUACAUCCCAAAGAUUUAAGAUAGGAAAUUUAAAGCAAAAAACCCCCAAAACCUAAAACAUACCGUAUUUUUCGCCCCAUAGGACACAUUUUUUCCCCCUCCAAAAAUGAAAGGGAAAUGUGUGUGCGUCCUAUGGGGCGAAUGCAGGCUUUCGCUGAAGCCUGGAGAGCGAGAGGGGUCGGUGCGCACCGACCCCUCUGGCUCUCCAGGCUUCGCGCUGAUCUCCGCAAGCCGUGGGAGCCCGCGCCGGCUUGCGGAGAGUUGCUUGAAUGUCGAAGGCUGGGUGUGCUGAGCUCAGCAUGCCCAGGCUUUGCGCGGCUCUCCGCAAGGUGCGGGAGCCCGGUGCUGGGCUCCCGCGGCUUGUGGAGAGUUGCCUGUUCAGGGAGCUGGGGAGGAAAUAAUUUUUUCCCCCUUUAUUUCCCCCCCAAAAAACUAGGUGCGCCUUAUGGGACGGUGCGUCCUAUAGGGCGAAAAAUACGGUAAUAUUCACUUGCAACUAAGGUGAGGAAAAAACAUGGCAAAAACAAAUGCUUAGAGCCAACCUGAAUAUAUAGCUCUUUUACAAUGGUUCUAAAAAAUAUCUGGAUUUAAUAGGAAGCAGCUCCAUUAUUACAGCACACAUAUAGAUGAACUUCUUUAAAACUCAAGAGGGUGUCAGGAGCAAUGCCAUAUAGUUUACUGCAAGUUAAGCCCUAACUGUGGAAUUCCUACUGGGAAACAGAGGUGUUCAGCUGCUAAAAAGGAAUUCCAGUGAAACAUGCUGCUCAAGUGUUGGAAAAAAAAUGGUCCUGGAGAUAAGGUAGUCAUUCUGAUAUUAUGCCUCAGGAACUUACACUGAAUUCUUUCCUAUCCUUGGACACAGUAGUCAGAUUUUCUGGUCGAGGAGAGCUGAAAACUUUGUUCAAGAAGUCAGCACACAGUCUAAACAUUAGCCCAUAGUGCAGAGCACACAAUUCAUAUGUCUGUGACAGAGCUCUAAAAUACAUGACUAAGAAGUAUUGAAGACAUUGUCCCAACACCUGGCACACUCCUCCUGCUUCACUUUUAAAGAGCAGGGCAGGACCAGUUAUUCCUGUCCCAAGCGAGAAGAUUGGGUUUGCACGAUCUUGCAUUCCUAAGGAGUGGGGGGUGCUGGAUCUGCCCACCCCAGUGCUACUGAAAGUGACAAAAACCAAGUCCAACCCAUCUCCAUAGCUACCAUGGAAACCUCAUUCUCAGGAGUUAGAAUGGAGACUGACAGGCAGCUCCCCUCUUCCUUCUGCCAACAACAUGGGUCUCCCUACAUAGCUCAUGAUAAAAAACAAUUUUAGAUAUAACUGAAUGAGCUUUUGAGAAGACAAGUCAGUCUUCUCAGAAAGUAUUAAAUAACUUGACAUGAAAUCAAGUUAAUAUUUGGGUUUCUGCUAAGCUUUAUGCAAGAAUCAGCUGUUUAUAUAAAGAGUAAGAUCAUCCCGAAGCACAGUCAUUCCCCAUGACAGAUGGAUUUUGUAUGCCUGAACUUGCUGGCCUUAUGGGUUCUUUAUGAAGUUUAUUAGCAGUUACGAUAAUGCUAUUUUUAUUUUGUGGUGUUAGCACUCAAGUAAGAAGUACUCUCAUUUUUCAAUGAUUAAUAUGGAACUUCAGAAGCUGUGUGUUCCACAAUCUCUUGUUUUGGCUCAAAAAUGUAAGAUCGCAUUUGCUAUGGCUGAAGGAGCUAUGUGUUAUGUAAAGCAGAACCUCUGGCCUGGGAGCCAGGUAAGGUGCAUCAGGCCUCCCCAUUUAGCCUGCCUGUCUUAUUUUGAUCAAACCAUGCCCACCUGCCCCACAUAGGUGUGGAGCAGAUAGGGUCACAACCGAGCCGAAAGAUUUCUGGCUCUACUAACAUAAUUAAGAGUUUCAUGCAUAAUAGGGUAUCUUACUGGUUUCCUAGAGUUACCAGCUCCAUACUGUGUGGCAUCAUGGUUAGAUUGUUAGAUAUGGGGAUGUUCAAAUACCACUUGGCCAUGAAGCUUACUGAAUAGCCUAGGGCAGACAUGUCCAACCUGUCAACCGUGAUCAACUGGUCGAUCGCGGGGUUCGAUCGCGGGCCGAGCACAUGCACAACAGAGGCAGAAAGAGAAGCCCGUGUGAGGUGGGAGCAGGGAGGAGGAAGAGCACAUAGGCGUAUGCAGAUGGGAAGGCAUGCCAUGUGUUCGUUUGUGUGUGUGUAAGAGAGAAAGAGAGAGAUUGUGCACUGGUUGGGGGAGAGGAGAAGCAUCACCCAGAGAUCUUUAGCCCAGCUGGUUUCAGGGGAGAUGAUCAUGUGCUGUUUGGGGGUGGGGAGAGAAGUGUCACCCAGAGAUCCCCAGCCCAGCUGGUUUCAGGGAAGAGAUCUAGAGAUCGCACGCUGGUUGGGGGGUGGGGGAAGAGGAGAAGCGUGGCCCACCCUGCACCAAUAAUCCCGCCCACCCUGCACUCAUCCCUUCCCCCUCGGGGGAAGCAGCCAGCGCCUGCCUGCCCACCCACCCUGCAUCCAUCCCUGCUGCCCACCCUGCACCCAGUCCUGGGUGGUACAUCACUGCCAAUUUUUGAUAUUGGACUAUAGAUCACAGCCUACUUGGACAUAUCUGGUCUAGGGCUAGUCACUAUCUUUGAUAGAGGUAACUCAUGGUGAUGUUGUGAAAAUAUGAGGCAUGAGGGAGAGAGGAAGAAGCUUGAUGCCACCUUGACCUUGGAAGAUGGAAGGAAUUUAAGGUAAUGAAGAUGUAGACAUUGUGUUAUAGCAAUAAAAGCUAUGGUGGUAAGAUAAUUUCCUGCAGAGACAAUGCCCCAGUGCUCAUAUAGUACAUUGAUCCUUCCUUCCUCUCCUCUGUGCUGAUACCCUGCUAUACAGCAGGAGGAAAAAUGGGCAGGUGGACUUUUUGGCAGCUGGGGCAGGAUGUACCACUGGUGAAAAAUUGCUUUUGCCCAGAGCAGCCCUAUAUAUUAUAUGUAAUGGAGCAUACUUGAAAUAUCUCAUGCCUCUUUUAUUAUUUAUAUUUGCACUCAGCCACAUGAUGGAUGCCUGAUGACAUAUAUUCAUUUGCAACAUGGCUAGUAUUUUAACCAGCAAAACAGAUAUAAAGGCAUAAAUAUAUUUAACCAUUUAAUAUUUUCGUGAACACUUACUAAUUUUUUUCCACCACAGAGCUUUAAGGCUCAGAGGAUUUGGGCUGGUGUCCAAUCUCUCAGUAGUGAUGAAAAACUUUUCCCCCCUUUAAUUUUCCACCCACAUCUUGGUCUCUCUUUCAAAAGCCAAUAAAGGGAUUUAGGGCUGCUUUGGCAUUUUAUCUUCAUAAACAGAAUGAGUAGUGCUAAAGCCCACCCUGAAAAGACUGCUGAGUGCAAGAGUGCUAGUUGGUUUUUUGAAGUUGGAUUAACAGAUAGCUAGGCUGGGAAUACCUAUAAAUCACAAUAUUCUAAACUUGGAAUCUCUAGGACAUGUUCUGAUUUUUGUCUUUAUUUUAACAGGAUUAGCUGAGCUUGAUGUUUGUGUGACAGUGAGUUACCGUCUUUGGGAAAAGUUUGGGGUUGAGGGGUACAUUUGUUUCAGAAAAGAAGACUGCUUUUCUUUUACGCCAAGAAAUCAGACAUUCAGGAACCGAGGAGGCAAUUAACUUCUCCAAAAAUGUUUUAAUUUCUAUUAAUUCCAUGUAACAGCAAUUCAGAAAUGUUGCUGCCAUUUCCCUGCCCCUUUUUAGGCAACUGAAGGGCAAAUAGCUUUAUCCUGAAGCUGAACUUUUAAUAUGAUUUAUUACAAAAGCAAAUGAGGUAAUUAUUCCUAAUUUACGUUUCUUUGCACAUUGUACAUGACUUCAUGUUAGGAGGCAGUAUGAGAAUUUAUGUUAGUAAAGAUAACAUAAAAAUGGUUGUUAUUUUAAUUCGUAGCUAUAAAGAUUUAACCAUUCUGGUUGUGAAGAAACUUUAUUCUUGUUAUUCAUGGGCUAGUUUGAUAGCUGCUGCAAAGAGCUAUACAGGCAAUGACCAAUUUAGAUGUGUCCUAAUGACAUGCAGUUGCACAUGCCUGCAUACACAGCACUGAACCCAGAAACAGCCCCAAAAUGUCAUAAAGAUGUCAUGAAUGGGCAAAGUGGACGGGGAAGGGGCAGAGCAGACUUACGUGCAGUCUGCCAACAUAUGGGGGUGUCCAGAACGUAACCUCUGCACAAAAAUGAAGAUUGCCUGGAGUUAGUAAAGUACUGAAGGGGAACGCUUUUUAAUGGAGGCCUCCCCUCCAAUGCAAUAUGAGUUCCACCCAAACUUCACAGUGUCUAUCACAUGAUAAGAUUGUCUUGGUGUCUUCAUUCCAGACCUUUCCCUGAAAAUGUAUCUAGCAGUGGUAGAUGCUACAAGGAGACCUCUCCAAAUUCUUCAUUGCUCCCUCGUGUCUGGAAUAUCUACAGAAUCCUUUGGAAUUAUAGUUUCCUUGGGUGUCUGAGCACUGCAUUUCAUAUUGCUAUUAGGUGGCCUGGAAACCAUAUGUCUCUGGGCUUCUUAAACCCUGGGAUACUGUCAUGAAGCACAAAGGUGCAAAGAGCCCUGGGACUUUCAGAUUCCUAGGCAGCUAAGGUAAAGGUAAAGGGACCCCUGACCAUUAGGUCCAGUAGUGGCCGACUCUGGGGUUGCGGCGCUCAUCUCGCUUUAUUGGCCGAGGGAGCCAGCGUACAGCUUCCGGGUCAUGUGGCCAGUAUGACUAAGCCGCUACUGGCAAACCAGAGCAGCGCACGGAAACGCCGUUUACCUUUCCACCGGAGCGGUAUCUAUUUAUCUACUUGCACUUUGACGUGCUUUCGAACUGCUAGGUUGUCAGGAGCAGGGACCGAGCAACGGGAUCUCACCCCGUCACAUGGAUUCGAACCACCGACCUUCUGAUCGGCAAGUCCUAGGCUCUGUGGUUUAACCCACAGCGCCACCGUCCAGGCAGCUAAUGUCCCUACUAAAUAUUUAGUCAUCCUGGAAAACUGUUUACCAGAGUCCUUGCUGUCUGAAAUGCUGCCAUUUCAGUAUGCCAGUUAUCUGGGGUGAACUGAGAAACCUCACAGAGGCCUGUGUGAGAUAUUCCCAGUUGUUGCCAUCACCACCAACACCAGUUAAGUACAUUUUCAGGGAAGAGACAAACAAGGGGGCUCAUGGGAUCAACAGUGGGACUUUGGAUUUAUUGCUACCCAGUUGAUGCCAUUGAGGAUGCAGUGAAUUUGCAAUGUAGAAUUUUUGUGUGUGUGGUGAUGGUGAAACAGGUUGUAUUCUGAUUUUAUUUUCAGUAGGGGAAAUAACGCUUAUUAGCUGAGCCCUUUCUGAAUCAAACCAAAGGGACUUUCCCAUCAUUCCAUCCAUAAUAGGCGAUUUACUUCUUGAAUUACUUAAACUAGUGAUAAACAGUAGAACAAGAAAUCUUUAGUUAAUAGGAUUUUCCAAGUUUUAAUAUUCACUUUGUAAAAAACCCUAUACAGUGGUACCCCGGGUUACAUACGCUUCAGGUUACAUACGGUUCAGGUUACAGACUCCGCUAACCCAGAAAUAGUGCUUCAAGUUAAGAACUUUGCUUCAGGAUGAGAACAGAAAUUGUGCUCCGGCGGCCCGGCAGCAGCAGGAGGCCCCAUUAGCUAAAGUGGUGCUUCCGGUUAAGAACAGUUUCAGGUGAAGUAUGGGCCUCCGGAAUGAAUUAAGUACUUAACCCGAGGUACCACUGUAGUUUAAUUCAGAUAUCCUUCCCCCCAUCCCCCACCCAAGACAGGGGAAAUUAAACAUUGCAUGUACUUAGUAACCAAACCAUCUUUGCAUGUUAAAUUAAAAACAUGUGGUGGAUUUCUCAGUGACGCUUUCCUCUUUUUACUAAUCAAAACCAGAAGAAAAGCAGUGGCAUUAUGGUAUGGUGAAUAGACUGAGCACACUUUGAAUAAAUAUCCAUUUCAUGUUUUCAGAAUAAAUUAGCAUACAAUUGUAAUAAUGUGGAACUUCAAAACUACCUCCUGCCAAAUUGGGGAAUUGAAGUAUCUGAAGCUCUCCUACCCAUUGGUUAUACAGGGUGCCUUUGGGUACUUCUAGAUGGGUCUUAAUAUUGCAGAUGGGUUUCAGAGAUUGCAAACAGCCUCUUGGCAACAGUUGGGGGUUUUUUAACCAUUGGAUUUUUCAUGGAAAGGGUAAAUUAGGAUUAAGGGAGUUAAGAUCUAGCAUUUAAAUGAAGACAAUGUCACGUGGACAGUGUGAGAAACUUGCAUGCCUGAGGAGUAUCAAUCCCACAAUAAUCUCACCUGCCUGGAAGCACCCUUUAUCUCUGGAUCGAAGCAUUAAUAGCCUGUUAUCUUGCAUGGUGGUGGUUGUUUUCAGUUUGUACAUCGAAAAUCACUAAAAUAUAUUUACAAAGAAGAAACAAGCAUGCCAACACUGUAAAAAAAAGGAGGUCUGGAGGCUUCAACUAAGGUAGAACACAGUGACUACAGUAGGUUGCUUGUGGAGGCACACUACUAACAGCCUAGAAUACCAUGUUUGUGGGAUUUGCAUUGGCUGCCAAUCUGCUCUUGGGCCAAGUUCAGGGACUGGGUACUAAAAUAUAAGGCCCUAUAGCGCUUAGGACCAAGUUGCUUGUAGGUUACUGGAUUCCACAGGAGAGUUUCUCCUUGAAGUCCCUAAAAUGCAGCAGGGCUUUCAAUGUGGCUGCCCCUGUUCCUUGGAAUAGUUUUACUGCUGAGAUGUCACAUGCUGUCUAGCGCUAUCUGUAUUUUCUGCAAACAAAUAAUUUUUUUGUUUCACCAAGCUUUUCCAGAAUAAUGGAAAGGUCCCUGCUUACUUUUUAAAUCUAUGGCAAUUUGUUUUUGUAAUUUUAACCAUGAUUUUUAGCUGUUUUAUGAUAUGGCUGUAAAUCAUCUAUGUAAAAGAUGAUUCAUAAAUUUGUUAUAAUAAUAGAAGAGAGAAAAUAGUGGGAAAGGAAGGCUAAAUUAUUUUUAUCUUCAGAGAUUUGGAAACCUGCACAUUUUUGCAUAUGAGAAUAACUUUGUUGAUCAAUCAUUUUAUUUGUAUGUCGCCUUUCCAAAUUUAAAACCAUGCUCAAGGCAGCUUACAACAUAUAAAAACUACAAACAUAACAAAAGUAGUCACACACAUAUGUAUUGUCUUACACAUGCCUUUUCCAUUAUUUCCUGGAAAGGUCAAAUGACUAUGAAAACUUCCCUUGAUGAUUUAUACAAUGUGAAUCAGAUUUCUCUUUUUAAGCCCUACUUUGCUUGCAGUUAAGAAGUCUAUUUGGACAGCAAAACAAAGCAGGCUAUACAAAAACCACAACCAGUGGGAACUUCAAUAAAAGGACAGAUUAACAAGAGGCUUGGCAAUAAUUAAAACUAGGUGUGCUUUUCCCUUCAGUACAAAAUUUUAUUAAACUUUUGCUGACAUCUGAUAAAAUAAAUACAAGUAAAGCAAGCUGCUAAUGUUAAUUUGAAAUGCUUGAUUUUAUCUUAAAAGUCCAAGAAGAAAUUGGCUUUAUUUUCUGAUACCUUAUAUGAUAAAAACCAUUUUUCAGAGCUUACCUUAAUGCAGAACAAAUUAGUUAGCUAUAUUGGGGGGGGAGGAGGUACUAUUUAGUUUUUUAAAAAAAAACACCAUUAUUGUGUUGUUCUGUCUUCAACAACCUUUUAAACCAACUUUUCAACUGUAGUGUGUGUCUAAAAGUAGAAUCUUGUUGUCUGUAAAUGAGAGAGAUGGAGAAGGGCCUUUGUACUUCGCAGAACACAAAAGGGUAAAGUAUCUGAAAGCCUUGUGUUUUAUGCUUGGAAUUUUCCACAAACCCUGUUCAGGCAUUCAUUCAGUUUGGCUUCCCUUGGCCUCAUCCUUCUGUGCCUCAGCCACAGCUCCUGAAGUGCCCUCAAUGAGCUAUAGCAACUUAGGUCAUUGUUGUUGUUUAGUCGUUUAGUCGUGUCCGACUCUUCGUGACCCCACAGUUUAGUCAAACUCAUGCUGGUAACUUCGAGAACACUAUCCAACCAUCUCAUCCUCUGUCAUCCCCUUCUCCUUGUGCCCUCCAUCUUUCCCAACAUCAGGGUCUUUUCCAGGGAGUCUUCUGUUCUCAUGAGGUCAUAGGGUUCCCAAAUAAAGUGAAUGCAGCAAAGUUCAUUAGCAUUUCCCAUGGAAUUAGCAUGUUGCCGUGCAGGGGCAAGUCUGCUACCAAAUACAAAAGCCCUGAAAUAGCCAGAAGUAGGAGAGCAUUUACCUCAAGCAUCUCAAGAGAUGUUGGGGGUUGAACCUGAAACCUUUUACCUGCAGAAUAGAUGCUGUGCCACUGAGCUAUGGGAGUGCUAAAGCUUUGCUCAUGAGAUGACAUGACUACGACAAUGCAGAGAAUUGGUUUCCUGUAACAUCUGGCUGACCCCAGCCACACCAAACAGUAAUAGUAGCACUUGCCAUGUUUUGUGAGUGAAAACUGCAGGUGUCCAUUUCUCUGAAGUUGAAGUUCCCUCUGUAGUGAGUUUUUAAGCAGCUCCCUCACUGCAAUUUAUUGUCCAACGUUCUAAAAAUGGCAGUGGUAUUUACACGGAGGCAAUGAGAUGCUUCAUUUGCUUGGUCAUAAUAUUUCAUUUCUGAUCCUCCUAUAAUAAGGCAAUAGAAUCACUUCCUGUGUUUUACCUGGUUGUGUGCAUAAUUUUGAAGAACAAAGCCAGCUGGGAUAUACUUUAAAGCCACAGUGACAUUAAUAACUCGGAGACAUUUGUUGCUGUUCCUCUACGUCAAGUUAAAUGUGUUUGGACCAAAAGUAAUUACAGAAGAAGAAAUAUUUUGAUCUUGGUGCAUAAAUUAUUCCUAAAAAAUGCACGGCUGGCUCUAAUUCCCAUGUUAUAAGUUUCAGCUCCUGUUUAUGGCUAUUGUAUAAAUUGCUCUGAGACUGUGAAGGAAAAUGUGGCAUUUCAACAAAUACUUAAACUUUUAAUGAGACCAGUGCUUUGCAAGAAAUCAUAGCCACUUGCUGAACACCACCAAACAUGGUAUCAGUAUCAGAUUUCCACAAGCCUAGAUGUGGAAAGGAGAAAAAAACUACUUUCUAGAAGUAUUAUUGUUUACUACGGGUACUGCCAUUGUUUUUAGCUUGUACCAAUCCAAUAUAGUACAAUUUCAAUUUGAUUGUUUUAAGAUACGGUAUGUCAGCUCAGCUGCUGCGAGAAAGGGAAUGCAGUUUAAAAACAAAUGUCAUUGCCUAUGACAAAUAAGUAGUAUACUUUAUUACUAAAAUAUUGUUUUGCUUUAUCUUUUUAAAUCCAAAAGAGAUAUCCAUUCUAUAUAUGAUGGGGAGCUAUUACACAAAUCAUACCUGUUCAGUAGUUCAUUUGGGAGAUAGACCAUAUGCUUGACAAGUAGAGCACCUCAGGUUGAAUCCUCUAGUUAAAAGGAUAAGAUAAGUAAGAAGACCUCUUUGCCUGAGACCAUGGAGAGCUACUGUUAUAAGCAGACCCGGCAUGCCUUGCUUCCUGGGCUAGGCCUGCUCAGCGUGGCUAGGAUUGCUCAUGCGAGAUCUUGCAGGAACUGGGACAGCCCUGCAAGCUCUCUUGAGUAUCCCAAAUUCCACAUACUGAGUGGGCCUUGCUCCCCAAGCUUUUAAGCUUGCAAUUAACAGGUGGUGUCACUGAUUUCCAACAAUACCUUCUUCCAGAGGGCCUUCUAACUCCCUAGAGCAGCUUUUCAAGGAAUGCAAAGGGCAUUGUCAGAAAGGAGCUAGAAAAACUCUUGUAUGAGAGGAACCCAGCCCAAGCAUCUCUGGAUCCAAGCCAUCAUUUGCUGUGCCAGAGCACAUGCAGCAGAGUGCUAUGGAACAGGGACAAUUUUUGGUAGAAGACUUAUUCCCUCAUAAUCAAGGACAUGUGGAAACCCUUUUCACACCAUACAGUUAUCUGGAAAAUGAAUAUUGGAUGAGAGCAUAGACAUAUGAAAGAUUCCCCCAUAGGAGGGGAAGUAGCUUCUGUUUCUCUUGUUACCUAUGGACACAAAUGCAUAUAUCUCUAGAUGGCUGCAUUGUCAAUUGAUGGCUCAUAUACGUGAAAACCCCCUUAGAGAUCAAAUCCUUCUAUAUUGUAUUGUUUUUCUAAUAUUUGAUUGGGAGCCGCCCAGAGUAGCUGGGGAAACCCAGCCAGAUGGGUGGGGUAUAAAUAAUAAAUUAUUAUUGUUAUAUACGAAUGCACUUGUGUGUUGUAGUAUUAAAUGUGUUGUAGUUCCUCUGGUGGUCUUCUUCUUCACCUUGUUAGCACUUCAUUGCUGGUCUCUAAACCUUCCAUAUAACAAUAUUCCUGGGGCUGUUAUGGUGGUUGUUUUGUUCUAUUGAUAUGGUAUAAUCAAUGCAUUCGUAUUUAUGUUCUUAAAUGUCUUGUAAGUCACUUGGAGACCUCAGGGUAACAAGUGACUAAUAACACAAGUAAUAAUAAAUGAUAAAAAUGUAUCACAAGCUCUUUGGGAACAGGCUCCUCCUCCUUUUCAUUGGCACCCACAACAUAAAAUCCUUGGCAUUAGGACAAACUAUAAAUCGGAAGAAAGGAAGAUGCCUUUUUUUUAUUCCACCUUCCUCUUGCAGCCCCCUGUGCCCCCUGAAAAUCUGCUCUGGAGGGUUUGGGGAACACUCUGGAGCAGCAUGAGAAGUGGUGCAGAAACUGCAGGCAGGAGGGAAUCAGUGUCAGUUGAUUCCUGUAUCCGGCAACCUCCAUUGGAUCUUGGCCCUUUCUGUGAAUGGAAAAAGCCAUUCAAUAUGUGGAGCUGCAAGUCUGUAUCUAAUCACUUACAUUUAAAAGGAAAUACUGUAAAAGCCACAUUUUUGCCAUAAGCAAUAGCAAAUGUAUAUUCCUUGUUGUCAUCCUUAGGAAAAAUGUCCAGUGAUCGCGCUUUUAGGAAACAGCAACAGCUCAACAAUAUGGUGGCCUUAGUGAAAAAGCUGGCUAAACCUGGAGAUAAAAUUGUGGAUUUUUGCAGUGGUGGGGUAAGGUAUUUUAUUUGUUUGUUUGUUUGUAAGUUCGGUAGCAGUUGUUUUUGUAUGUUUAUAAGUCCAACAGCUCAAGAGUCCAAAAUUCUGGAAUUUGAUCUGCUUUCAAAGUCUCUGUCAAUAUUUUAUUGGAAUAUUUUGUUGUCAAAUGGAUCAGCUCUUUGGGAUUAAGGUUUAUUUGUGCACUUUCUUCUGCUUUGAACAGGGCCAUGUUGGAAUUGUCCUUGCUCACGUACUUCCAUCAUGUCAGGUAAGGUUUCAGUAAAAUGUAAAUUCAGACUUUAAUAACCUGGAAUUUCAGAUACACAAUUAAAUGCAGGCUGUUUGUAAAAUAUGUGAAAGUGAUAGAAUUAUCUAAAUCAAACACCCACUCACGUUUUUUUGUAUGGUAGAAUAAAGUACUUAAUUUACCCGUUCUCAUAUUCUGAGUAAGAUAAAGCACUGUUUUUCACUCCCAGCAAUAAAAUUAGUAUGACUGAAGGCAACUUUUAAAAAGUAAGAAUAAAAGUAGCACAGGGACAUCCUCACAUCAGCUCUCCAAACUCUCAAAUAUAUAGACACUCUAAAACCCUUUUGCAUGCAAAACAUUUAUUCUGUAACUAAGCUAAAGCCAUUGUUUGAGAACAUGAACUUAAUUCUUCCAUUUCAGUGCAGUUAAGCAAGAUCCUAUGAGCUGGGGUGUGGCUUAUGAGGAGAGGCUCCUGGUGGACAAGCAGGAGGUGGGGUUUGUGGCUUUCAUUGUCUGACAGCCCCUUCCUUAUUUUAGGUCCAGUAUAAAACCUUGCGUGAACUAAUCUCAAACUGUGGCUAAUUUGGGGUAGUUUUUCAUUUUGGCUAAGUUGUUUUACAGACAACAUUACUCCUUUCUGGGCUUAGUAACAGAGAAAACCAUCAACACCCCCCCCCCAAAAGAGUGAGCAAUCCUAUCACAGUUUAAACAAAACAAAACAAAAACUCAAUUGGAAAUUACAAUCAAAAGCCCAGAUUGGCAAUCUGUGUUUUUUCCCCAUUCUUCUAGAAGGAUUUUAUAUGAGAAAUGCCCAGAUGCAUUUACUGGCUGAUAGAGAAAUGCCCAGAUGCAGUUACUGGCUGAUAAACUAUAGAAGCGGGAUUUGUAUGCUUCCCUAAGGAGCAACACAUCUCCAUAUUAAGUCUCAAGGAGAUUUUCUCUGGGAAAUUUGAGUCUAUCAUGUUCAGGCCUACAAGUGAACCUGAAAAAGUUGGCCCUCUUCCAAAUGCUUGAAAAAUGAACCAGAGAGGUCUGUUCACAGAUACCUUUGGGAACUGCUACUUCCACAGUUCUCCAAAAUUGUGUUAACUGGGUCCAAUUGCCACAAAUGUGUUUGAAGAAACUAGAUGUGACAGGCACCAUGUGUUUUAAUUAGAAAAAAAUGUAAUUUUUGUAAUUUUUUCCUUUGUAGGAGCAAAGUCUGGCUACGUAUAGGAUAGUUGCCAUAUGCAAUAUAACUAAAUGCUCCCAGCCUGUGGUCUUCUGCAGAGUAGCACUUACUGUGGUACCUCAGGUUACAUACGUUUCAGGUUACAUACGCUUCAGGUUACAGACUCCGCUAACCCAGAAAUAGUGCUUCAGGUUAAGAACUUUGCUUCAGGAUGAGAACAGAAAUUGUGCGGCGGCGCGGCAGCAGCAGGAGGCCCCAUUAGCUAAAGUGGUGCUUCAGGUUAAAAACAGUUUCAGGUUAAGUACAGACCUCCGGAACGAAUUAAGACUUAACCCGAGGUACCACUUUACUCACAAGAUGGGAUACUAGAUUCUGGGUAGUACUAGAAAAAGAUACCUCUUCUUUCUGCCUUGAUUAAUUUAUUUAUAAAGCUAUUUGUAUACCACUGUGUCCUAAAAAAACUCCCAAAGGAGUUUACAGCAACAAAACAUAAAACCAUAACAAGUUAAAAACAGACAUCAACUAACCAUUGUGGAAGGAUUUAUUCUUAAUUGCUGCAUAGGUGUAGCACAAUAUAAAAGUUUCCGGCAUGCAUUUAAAAGUUGGCACACAAGUUGCCAGCUGAAUCUCUAUUGGCAGAACCAGACUGUCCCUUUCACUGGGGCAGCAGCAGUCAUAGAUAUGUUGCUGUAUCAAUGUCAGGCUUGGAAGCCCCUCUGAUAGGUUAGCAACAUGGAGGUACUUUGCAUUAUGCUUUGAAAGCAGGCCGUACAAUCUUUCACUAAGAAAGCAGUGAAGUUUGCUUGGCAUGCACAAAAUCCUGCAUAGUCUGGUUUGAUUAAAGGAUAGAGUCAAGUGAAGUCUGCUGUUAUUAAUGACUGGACAGAUACAUUUCUGUUUCAGAAUACAACUCUCUCACCUGCCCCUGCCCCGGCAAGUGCUUCAACAUGCUCUUGCAACAAUUUUUAUUCCACCAAAAAGUUUACCAUAACUAACUGUUAUUUUGUGUAAAAUAUAGAUCAUAUUGGUAGAAAAUAAAGAGUUGUCACUGACACGUGCUGAAGAAAGAAGCAGUGUGCUAGGAUUGGACAACAUUUGGUUCAUCCAAGCAAAUAUGGACUAUUUUAAAGGAAAUUUUAAUAUAGGGGUAAGUGAUUUUGAAAAUAUUCAGACUUUGCUGUUAUGUAAUGUUAAAAAGAAAAUACUGUCUUCAUAUAUUGUCUUAUCGCUUAUAACAUAUCACUUAAUAUUAUGUAACCUCAACUUAUUUUUCUAUAAACCCUGCUAUUGUAUAAACUUGUGUUAACGGGAAAUCAGAAGUUAGUUUUGAGCUAUUGCUAAUUUGUUGAUUCCCAACGGUUGUGCUGUGCACAAAAUAAGGAAUUCAAGUGUCCUCCAUGCUACCUUAUAAGGCCAAAUGAACAUACAAGUUCAGAAAACAACUGAAGUUAAUUAGUGCAGUACUGAAAUGGUGGCAUGGCAAAGAGGAGGCAGGAGGAUUUUAUUUUAUAUUAUUGCAAGCAAAUAGUAAUAAUGGAGCAUUGAAGUUAGCUCUUGGAAGAGUGCGUUUAAAACCAGAACAUAAUUAGCUCUGUGAAAUGUCAGCUUCCAAUAAUUAUUACAUUAUUCAACACAAAGAAGUAUGAAAUGUCAGUAGAGAUGAUUUCUUAAUAGUAUAGUGACAGGAAUAGUUGAUACAAGUUCAGUUGAUACACAAGGAGGCAAGAAGAUACUAAGAGAUGAUGCAGACAUAAGGCAGUCUGGUCCUUGAACAUGCUUAGGGCUGUAAUAUAGUGGAAAGAAACUUUUUCCUGUGCAAGGGUGGUGUUUCCUUCUUGGGAGCCUCCUAGGGUCACAUGCCAAAGAUGGGCAGGGCCUGAAGCAAAAGUGGAUAGAACAAUGAAUGUACAGUCAUACCUCAUGUUACAUUUGCUUCAUGUUACGUUUUUACAGGUUGCGUCCCGUGGCGACCCUGAAGUACUGGAAAGGGUUACUUCUGGCUUUUGCCACUCAUACAUGCACAAUAGUGCUAAAUCAUGCUUUGCGCAUGCACACAAGCACCAAAUUGCGCCGCACACCUGAACAGGUACUGUGCUUCAGGUUGCGGGCUUUUCACAUUGCGAACGGGCCUCCGGAAUGGAUCCCGUUCGCAACCAGAGGUACUACUGUAAAUGUUACCUUUCAACACACACACACCACUCUCUAGCCCAGGCAUAGGCAAACUCGGCCCUCCAGAUGUUUUGGGACUACAGUUCCCAUCAUCCCUGACCACUGGUCCUGUUAGCUAGGGAUCAUGGGAGUUGUAGUGCCAGAACAUCUGGAGGACCGAGUUUGCCUAUGCCUGCUCUAGCCUCUAUCCAGGCAAGCAAGAGUCAUGGUCAGAGUUCAAGGGCAAAUUCCAGCUAGGCAAAAACACUCAAGGGGCAUAUGAAGCAAAGCCAGUGAAGGGGGUGGCCUAGAGAGAGAGCGGCUAGGGAGAGUCCCAAGAACCAAACAGAGGCCUAGAAUGCCACAUUUGGCCCUCAGGCCUGAGUUUCCCCUCCCUAUUGAACUCAGUAGGACUUCCUUCUGAGUUAGUCCUGUUACAUUGAGAACAUCUAUGGCAGAGAUGGGGAUCCCUUAAGCCUCCAGAUGUUGUUGAACUCCAAUGACCAUCAGUCCCAGACAGCAUGACCAAUGUUCAGGGAUGAUGGGAGUUGUACUCCAGCAACAUUUGAAGGCCCAUGGUUUCUUCCCCAUUCAUGGUCCGUUUGGUUUCAGAUCUUGGCUAAGUUCAAGCUGUUAAAUAUUAGCCCACAGACAAGACUGUCGGGGAAAGACUAGACGAUUUGUACUCCAGAAGGGAGGAGCUAAAAGGAGAGGAAAUCACAUACUUAAGGGCUGGGCUGCAUUAAGCAUCCUCUGGCCCAAAGAAUUAGCCGAUGUGAAAAAGAGCUAUCACUGCAAUCCUAUAUAUGUCUACUCAGAAGUAAGCUCACAAGUAAGCUCUACUGAAAAGCCUAAGAGAAAACAAAAUGAUAAUACAGUUAGGACAGAGAGAACUGUGACAUAAAAGAUGGGAAUUAAAAACACAAAUCUGGAUUGGAUGAGGUGCCAAUUGUAGAAUCAGAGAGGGGAUGUUUAUAAAUUUAGUUGUUCUUAUCAGCAGAUGGUGAUAAAAAGGUGCAUGGCCCAUAUCAGCUGAACACCUUCAUUAUACAGUCAUAUUUGAGCCGGAAAUGACUUUGGGCGUGGGGCGUUGAAAUAAUUAUUGCUGCUGUAUGCAUAAUUUGAAUAUUGCCAAGGAUGAAAUAUUUACUUAAAUAUUUUCUUGCAAUGUAAUCUGUAAUCUGUCAUAGCAGUGCUGCAGAGUCUAGACUCUCAACUAGUCUUUAAAAAACAACAACCACAGUAUCUUCAGUUCAUCAACCAAACCCAAACAUUUUUUAAGCUCUAUGUAGUUAUCAUGCUUAUAGAACUAUCUGUGACUGAAGCUGUCAUCUCAGGUGACUGAGAGUAGACCUGGCAGGAAGCAUUUCAGUUUGUUUUGAAACCUAUGCCAGAACACUGUCAAAUUUCAGCUAUCUCCAUGUUCAGCAUAAUCAGCCAUGAUUCAUUUUGGAGCUCUAUGAAUGAAAUGCAUAAGUAAUACUGGAAAAUUCCGUUACCUAUGAACCUUUCUGGGCAAUUUUAACGCAUUGUUUGAUUACCAUCUGAGGCCUGCAGUUUUUGUUCUUAUCUGGAAAAGAAAUGGCAUCUGGCCCUAAAUGGUGAUUAGAACUGUCAAAAAACGUUGGGUUGAGACCUUUAUGUAUCAUGCCAGAUUUUAACUUUAUAAUGCUGUUGCACUAGUUCGUUUUGGAUUGUAUUUUAUAUCUACUGCCAAAUGUGAAUAUAUUUUAUUGAGCUAGCUACAUUUUGUCUCAACGUAAGCAAAGAAAAUAAUGGAUACUGUAUUAUCUGGCUAAAAAGAGAUUGAUUUUGCAACAGAUUGCUCUCUUUCUUUGAUGUUGCAAUAAUUCAGCCAUCCAGAAAUGGCUGAAUAGUAACUGAAUGUACAGUUAUCAUUAAAUUCCAUUGUUUUACUGUCACAGGUAGCACUGCAUGCUUGUGGCGUGGCAACAGACAUGGUGAUUGAACGCUGUGUCAAAGCUCAUGCAGCGUUUGUUAUCUCUCCAUGUUGUUAUGGCUUCAUUCAGAACACAGCCAAGUUUGCAUUUCCACAAAGGUCAGUGGUUUGUUGACAUCAGUGUGUAUGUGUGGAGAGGAAUCUGGGUUGACAUGUAUGGCAUUGACUACUUACUAGUGAGUAAGCUCUGUUGAGCUUAGUGGGUGGUAUCCCCAAAAGUGCUUCUGCUAGUGCAAAAAAUAAAUAUAUCUGCUUGCACAAUGAAACUUCCCCUCCUUCUCCUCUCGCUAUGCACCCCUGUGCCCUCCUCAGAUCUGCUCCGGGGGUUGGGAAAAAACCCCAAACAGAUGUAUGUGGUGCAGGCAACACACAGGCAGAAGAGUGGGAUAGGGAGCUUCAUUGCAGCCCAAAGUCCUUGUGCUAGCAAACUACUUUGUUGGCUACCACCCACUGGAGUUUACUUUUGAGAAAACUUACAAAGGAUUGCAUAGGUAGUGAAUGUGUUGGUCCCACAGAACAAGAAAAAUACCCAAAUCCAACAAUACCUUUAUUUUUAACACCUUACUUAAAGUGCUAGAAGACAGACAGCUGUCCAGUGAUGUGAAGCUCCACCUCAGGCUCAGAUAUUUAGAAGAAGACAUGAGAAUAAUAGGUUGGUUGGGUUGCCUCUGUUUAAGGGGAACAGGUAAUCCCAAAGGUGAGUUACCUCCUGCUCAUUGUCACAAUGGCUGAAUGUGUCACCUAGAGCUACGACUUCAUAAUUCUAGCUGUAAAGAUACAUUUCUAACUGUUCUGCAAAUUACCAGUGACAUUUCUGAAAUGGAAGUUAGUAGCAGCUAUAAAAAAUACAUAAUACAUGCCUGCAAUAAAGAGCUCUCUCAGUAUGCUUGCGUCACAUUGUUUAUCGUUUUGUUCAGAGGCUUAAUUAGCCGCGCCUAAUCAUCCAUGCACACAUUAUUUUUAAGAUUUAUCACACCCACAGUUGUAAACCUUGGUUCUUUUAAAUAAAGUCAUUGAUCUAUAAAAUAAGAAACUUCUGCAAUGCAAAUCCCAUGAUGCUUUCUCAGAAAUAAGUCUCAAUGAGAAUUGCAGCCGUGAUGCACCUAUGAAAGGACCACAGAACAUAGUAGAAGUCAAGUAGUUCUUCAGGUGCAAGAAUUCUGAUUGCCUGAUUGUAUACCUUUUCAUACAGUCAUAUUAUUUUUAUUGGAUUGAAAACAGUCCUUUCACUUUCCAGUUGUGAUCUCUUGACUUUUGUGAUUCACUGGAGUACACAAUAUUGUGCAGAGAAGGAAAUUAAACUUCAUGUCUCUGUUUCAUUCUUUAUUAUAACAAUUCUCAGUCGUUGGUACAACACCAGUGGUAGACAAUCUGCAAAGAAACCUUUUAUCUGCUACAUUUUUCUCUGUGCAGUUUCAAAGAUAGCCCUAUGUAGAACCAGUUCAUGUGGAUGUAGCUGUGGCACAACCAUCUUUCUCCAGGAACAAGUGCACCGGGCCCACCAACAUGUGUGGCAAACCUGGCUACAGCCACCAUCUGACUAGUUUAGGAGCAAUGCUAUUAUGUUCAAAAGUACUCCCGAGUUGCAAACCUGAUUCUAAAAAGGGUGUAUAAUCCCAACCAAUGCAGACUGAACAUCGAAUCCAUCAUCAACCCUAUGUAGGAUAAAUAUAUUAAAAGUCAGAUGCUUGCUUUCAGUGAGUCAGUAGCAGUGACAUGAUACAGCCCUAUGCAUUUGUUUAGCACUUAAAAUAUCUUAAAUGAUAAAUGUCUGUAAGUGAUAAAACUUGGCACAUUAUAGACAUUUACUAAAAAAGAACAGAAACUCUCAGUAGUGUCUGCUUCUGGAUCUUGUUCAACUUCCAGAUAACAACCCACCCAAGUAUUUGUUUAAAAUUCAGCCAUAUGCCUUAAAGACUGCAUCUAUUUUAAAAUCGUCGUUUCUCAUGGUGAUCAAAUCCAUCUUCUUUUCUAUUUCAGCCGUCAGUUCAAGGAAGUGUUAUCCUAUAAGGUAUGCAAAAGGUGAAGCUGUGGUUUAGAAUUUCUUUCUGUGCCCUUUUCUGUGUCUUUCCGUAUGGUUUGAGUGGAAUGAGUAAUUCUCUUUUAAUGAUGGGGUAAAAACACAUCAGAAUACUGAAACUUCACCAUUGCAUUCCAUGUGUUCCUUCCUCUUUUUUCUUUUAGUGCAGGAAAAAGACAUUUCGUAAAUACAGUAUGGAAUACAUUUCUGUGUGUAGUUUAGUUUAUAUCUCAUUUUUUAGUUUCAAUAAUUUCUAAAAGUAGAUGACAAGAUCAUUAAAAAAAAUUAAAACAACUAUUUAUUAGUUAAAACAUAAAACCAUGAAAAGAACAAUGAUAAAACAACUGAAUUGUUUCACUAUAAAAGAACCAUAUUCAUCCAUCAAGUAUACAUAGAUGUCAAGAACCUGUUGAGCCUUCUAGGAGUACUUUCUUCCUAGUCUGCUCCACUGAAUAUUUUGGAUAGGCCUGAAGGCUUUUGUGUGCAUCUUUAUGCCAGUUUCCCAUUUUUUUAACCGUUUUCCUUCUUUAUGGCUGCUAUUUCCCCUUUUCAUUUGAUUUUCUUCUAUCCAGAUUCAAUUUGGACAGUGAUGGCUUGAAAUUGCUUUAUUUUUCUCCCAAUUGUAUUUGAGAUGUAGUUUUCGUAGUGAACAGCAUGUGAACUAAUAACCACAUUUUCAUAAGAUGGGCGGCUGAAUUGCUUUUGGCACAAGUAAGCCUAGUGACAUAGUUACAGAAACAAAGAGUUUAAAUAAAAUAAGUAAAAAUAAAUUUUCAUAAUAAUUCCUGCCAAUUUGUUAUGGACAUAUAGAUGAAGUUCAUCACCCACAAUGAAUGUUCCAUUCAUUUCAGCAGAAGCAAACGCUUCAUGUGUGGAAUGUUUCUUUCCAUUGAAACUUGCUCCAAAAUGUAGAAGAUAACCAUGUAUGUUUCAGCUCACACAGAUAUGCUUUGAGGUCUUUCUAAGAAUACAUAAAGAGCUGUGUUCUGCCUUCUUUCUGGCCUGUUUAAAACCGUAUUUUACUUUAAUGCCCUAUUUGGCUAGAAAAUAUGACAUAUUCAUUUGAAAAAUAACUUAAAUAUUAUUUAUAGUAUAUGCAGGCAGGAUUUAAGUUUGAUGAGGCCCUAAGCUACUGAAGGUAAUGGGGCCCGUUAUAUGUCCAGCUGUCCUUUGUCAACAACCAAUUGUCACUUUUUUGUGUGUUGAAUAUGUGCUAUGUGUAAUUUAUGAACCUAAUAGGUAUCUAGAGCCAUUUGCACAUAACAAAUAGGAGCCUACACAACACAAAACACCAUUGCUGUAUGUAGGUUUUAUUUUAUUUGUUUUUUAUCUUAUAUUUUGGAAAUAUACAUCCAGUUAUUUUUUUCUUUACAUUUUUUGGGGGGCCCCAAGAGAGUGGGGCCCUAAGCUAUAGCUUGCUUAGCUCAUACAUGAAUCUGGCAUUGAGUAUAUGCAUCUUUAACUUUGUCUAAGACCAUCACAUAGUUCACUGGAAAAUAAUAGUUGAUACAUUUUCCCAUUUUCCAUUGCAUUACAUUUCCAACCUUCACAUAAAUUUUGAAAAGGCAGUAUUUUAUGAGAAAAAUUAAUGCAACCUUUUAAGUAGAACAUAACAGAUAAAAAAUCUACACUGGUUCUAAGAAGCAUAUUGUUUUAAUAAAUUUGUAUCAGUUGAUUUUUUUAAAGAAAAAAACUUGUGCUAAGGAGCCCCUCUAAAAUCAGUAUUGUAUUAUUUACAUGGAUCUAGACCAGAUGGUAUCUCAGUUCAGUGUAUAAAUUUAUAUAUUUUUGGUUCUGUAGGCUUUAUAUAAUAUACAACUUUGCAUAUUGGAUUGAUAUAUUUUCAGUUACUGAUGUGUUGCCAAAAGUUGGAAUGUGGUGGCUAGACACUGUGUCACUGUCUCCAUAGUUCAUCUUAAUUUUCUGUUUCCUUUCACUGGGAAAUUCAAGGAUUAGUGUCAAGUAAAACCGAAGCGUUAUUAUAGAGACUUGAUGAUUCCCACCCACCCCAUUCAAAAUGGCAACUGUGGCAUCCCACAGUGAAGACUCAACUCAUUGCUGACUUUUUAGAACAAUUUGUAGCAAGUUCUCUUUUCUCAUGGGAAAUAGUAUACAUACAUUUCAGUUUGAAACUGACUAUUCAGUUUGAAACCUAUUAGGGCUGAACACACAUAAUGGGAAACAGCCUUUAAAGGAAAAAGAAUUUGGCCAGAGUGAUUUUGAUUGGACAAGCAGUGGCGCAUAUAAGAGGAUGCUUAACCCAUACCUUGCCUGCCAUUUCUCCACUUUUCCCUCUCCUGAAGCUGAAUAUUGCAUAUCCUGCGCUCUAUAGCUCCCCAAAAGUUAGCUAUCCCAAAUACCUUGUUGGUGUUGUUUUGUCAAGAUACAGGAAUAGCACCCUUCCCAUAGUUUCUAAAAAUAUUCUCUGUUAAACAAAAAGACUAUUUUAUUUUUAAAUCCCUAUAACUCGGCAUAUUUUCAACAUUCCUGUUUCCUUCUUAAUUUAUUUAAUUGGAUUUUAGCCAUCUUAGGCAUUUCUUAUAGAAUGUUGGGGUUAAAAAUGCAAUAAAUAAAUAGCAAAAACAAAGAGUAUAAUAUCCAACCAUAAUUUGGAAACCUAAAAAUUCAAGAAAUCCUGCAAAAUUAAAAGCCCUGUUGUUUUAAAAAAGCAGAAUGGGAGGAUGUCGUUUGUAAAUGGUAUUACCUAAAUUCCUUCCAAAAGUGUUUUGUGUUCUCACAUACUUAUCUCCAUCUAACAUUACAAACAGCUCUGUCAAGAUAUACAGCUCUGAAAUGGUUCUGAUUGCUGUGACUUGGCACUUGAAAUUGCAGCUGUCCAAGCUAGUGCAGCUGUCAGCCAAAGCACUGUUAUGGCAUUUUUCUUUCCUUUUGCAUCCCCCCCCCCCCCGGUCAAAAGCAUAAUCACCUCCAAGGUCUAGUGUGUGUAAAAGUAUAUUAUAAACCUUGUCGCUGUGGGUCAUAAAAUGUGAUCAACGUAACCUAAUUGUGGUUCACCAGGUGAGAUUGAUAGAUUUUGUAGCCUAAUUCUAUGAUUUGCUGUACAAAGGAAAACAAAAAAGCCUGGGUACAAUGGGCACUGCAAUGUUGUGAGUCUGGUGUUGUGCCACAGUAGCAAAACACUGGGAACAUAAUAUGAUCCUUGCUAAAGACCCAUCUAGUCCAGCAUUCUUAUCUCAUAGAGACUGACCAGAUGCCUAUGGGAAGCUUGCAAGCAGAACAGAAGUCUCUCCUCGCUUGUUGGUGUUCAGAGGCACAGACAGACAGAACAUAGCCAUCAUGGCUCAAAGCCUUAUCCUCCACAAGAUUGUCCAAGUUGUUGACCACCACUACAAUUAAUGGAAGUGAAUUUCAUAGUUUAACCACCGCAUUUUUCGCUCUAUAAGACGCACCAGACCAUAAGACGCAUCUAGUUUUUGGAAGAGGAAAACAAGAAAAAAAAAUAUUCUGAAUCCCAGAAGCCAGAACAGCAAGAGGGAUCUGGCUUCUGGGAUAGCCUCUUGCUGUUCUGGCUUCUGGGAUAGCCAGGUGAAGCCUCUUCAGGGCAGCCGGAUGAAGGCUCCCCCAAGAGCCGCGCUCCCUUUAAAGAGCACGCAGAGCAUGUCUGCGGCUCUUGGGGGCUUUUCCCCGAGGAGGGAGAAGGGAGGAGGGGAAAAGUGUGUCUUAUAGAGCGAAAAAUACGGUAUGUGCUGCAUGAAGAAGUAGUUUCUUUGCCUGUUUCCCAUCUCGCCUGUGUUGGUGAAGCUGCAUGGUACAAAGCUUCCACGGGUCAGACGUGAUAUAGAUGCUUAAGGAUCUAACUACAGUGUUGAAAGAGUCCACACAGGUCAUACCGGGCCAUCUUAGGCUAAUUUGAAUGCUUCAAUUUAUACCCUCUACUAGCAUCCCUUUCAUUGGUUUCCAAAACUGAUGUCAUGCCAGAAGGACCUGUUCUGAAUAAUAUUGCAUAGCAAAACAGGCAACUCCAAUCAAUAUGUACACAGUCUCCCAGUAUGUGCUACUAUGGUAGCUACUUUGGAAUAAUGUAAUGGAAGAAGCUGGCAAUAUUUAUCUCUCUGUGUGUUUUUUCUAUUCUAGGAGCACAUGAUUCUUUGCCGAUUUGCUGAUCAGACAGCUGUCCAGCUUCCCCCUGAACGCAGGCAAAUAGGUACGCUUUUCCAUAGAACAGCUGUUGUGUAGAUUACAUACACUCUACUUGGUGAUGUGCUUAGCUUACUAUAUAUGGGUUGCCGUGGCAUGCUUAUCAACAAGGAAUGAAAGUGCUGGUUUCUCAGAACACACAGGGAGGUAUCUUUAGAGAUACAGUGAAAUAGUUUUCUUUGUUGAAGCUCAGUUUAAAUCUGGGGUUGAAAGUAUCACACAGUGAUACAGUGAACAUUCAUCUGUUACAGUCCAAUAAAGGAGAUGAUAGAAUUUGAGAAACAUGCUAAUGUUUUUUCUGAUGCCAUUGGGAGUUAGUAACAGUGCAAGGGAGCUACUAUAGUGCAAGAGCUGGAAAAUCACCCGUUCAAAUCUCACAUCAGCCAUGAACUAAAUAAAUGGCCUUAGGCAAGCCCAGUACUCUAGCAGCCUUAGUCUGGGGAACUUUAAAAAGCAUGAUAGAAAUACAGUGGUACUUCAGUUUAAGAACAGUCCGGUUGAAGAACAAUUUGGUUUACAAACUCCGCAAAACUGGAAAUAGUUUCCCGGUUUGAGAACUUUACCUUGGUCUAAGAAUGGAAUCCAAACAGUGGAAGGGCACCAGCGGCGGGAGGCCUCAUUAGGGAAAGUGCGCCUCAGUUUAAGAACGGUUUCGGUUUAAGAACGGACUUCCAGAACGGAUUAAGUUCGUAAACCGGUACCACUGUAUUUGAAACAAAAUAAGUAGAAUCUGAAAAGGGUGGUGGCUUUUAUGAAAGUUUUCUCCCUUUUUAUGAAAGUGUCCCUCUUGCCAAAAAAAGGACAGUAACAAGGACGCAUUUGCAAAGGAUGGCAAUAGAUCUAGUGGAACCUUUUAAAACAGGAAGAGUAGCUGGCUGGGAUCCACACAACUGCAUAGCUAGUUCCAUAUGCCCAAGGAAGCUUUGAGCUUGUGUUUCUCUUUUACAGCUGUUCAAAUGUCUUCAGAAUAUGUAAGAUUGGUUUGCAUAGGGUGAGCUGAUAUUCUAGGGAUUCCCUUGGGAGUUUUACUUGAUGCCAAAGCUCUUUUAUUUUCAUCACCAGAUAAAGGUCUUUUUAAAACAUGGUUGGGCACUUUAGAUCCUUUUGUUUUUAUGCUAUUUUCUUAGACUCAAUGGCUUCUCUGCCUUUUUAAUCAGUUCUACUAAUUUGUUAGUGUUUUUUUAUAUUAGAGUUAUGUUUUCUUGCAAGCUGCUCUGGGAAUUUUGUUGACGUGUAAAUGGGGCAUUGAUUUUCAAAAAAUAAAGACAAGGUGUUUGGGAUAAAUAGACAAAACAGGGUUUGAUACUGUUGCAUGUUUUGGAUACAAAAUUCACUCCCAAUGUAUAACAGGCAGUAAAAAGAAACAAUGUUUAUGCAUCUAAACCAUGGGUAGGCAAACUAAGGCCCGGGGGCCAGAUCUGGCCCAACCGCCUUCUAAAUCCGGCCCGCAGACAGUCCGGGAAUCAGCGUGUUUUUACAUGAGUAGAACGUAUCCUUUUAUUUAAAUUGCAUCUCUGGCUUAUUUGUGGGACCUGCCUGUUGUUUUCACAUGAGUAGAAUGUGUGCUUUUAUUUAAAAUGCAUCUCUGGGUUAUUUGUAGGGCAUAGGAAUUCUUUCUUCCCCCCAAAAAAAUAUAGUCCUGCCCCCCCACAAGGUCUGAGGGACAGUGGACCCUGCUGAAAAAGUUUGCUGACCCCUGAUGUAAACAUUUCUGUGGCUGCUAAGAGUACAACAGGAAGCAUUGAGGACUUGAGAUAAUCUUACCUAUUUUUUCACAAAAACUGGCAAAACUUUAAAGCCACUCCUGUAUCUGGAAAGGAAAACAUGCUGACAAGGUCACAGCUGUGAGUUCAAGAGGUGCCACUCCACCAAAUGGGAGUGGGCAUUUCUUCCAGCCCUUUGGUGAUAUGGGAAGGAAAUGUAUCACUUAAUGAAGGGUGGAGUGGAUGGCUGUAAAUGAAUCACAGAGUGUCAACUCAGCAUUUCAGGUAAAUUUGAUGUUGUGACACUAUAGUACUUCUACCCCCCCCUUUCAAAGAUAAAGUAGGUAGAGCAGACAUUUGUGAACCACAAAAAUGAUCUCUCACUGGCAUUUUUGUUCUUCUCCUUGUUUCUUCUGAAGAUAUACUUGACACCAGGCUUAUUCGCUCCAUUAAAAGAAUCUCUUCCAUUUCAGUCAUCUUUCUUCACCUUUUAAACUUGCUAAUGGGCGUGUGGUUGGUGAGGAUUAAGUUUUGUUUUCAAAUGACUAGGGUAAAGGUCAGAUCAGAUCAGCACUAACCACAUGCUCUGUUAGAGGCAGAAUCAGAUAGUGAGAUUCUACAUAAGGUGUACUAUUUAGCUUGCAAUUUUGAGCAUGCUUACUUGGGAGUAAACCUCAUUGAAUUCAAUGGUGCUUCUUUCUGAAAAAGACACACAGGGUUGCAUAGUUAAAAUGGUCACCACCACCAUUGCUUCGUUUAUUAUAAAGAUGAUUGUUUUUGAAUUAAAGUUCCAACCCAAAAUGAGGAUCCUGAGAUCACAUUAAGAGUAGCCAAAUUGUGUGUGAUUGCCAUAAAACUUAGGGAACAAGCUGUGCUAUCGUAAUGAUUAAGGUUUUAAAUAAUAAUUUUAGCUUAUAUGUUAGUGACUAAGUUUUAAUUUAUGUAUUUUUAACUGUUGCUGUGUCUGUAUUGUCCCUGUUAUACCUAAUUGCAAAUUCAAAUGUAUCCCUAUCAUGUUCUAUGACUUCCUUGAUAUUGUAUGUGGUCUGGAACUGGUCUGUGACUGAAAUAAUAAAAUUCAACCCAAAAUGAAACAAUACAAAACAAUACAACAAAAAUAUCUUUUCUACCACUGCACUGCUACUCAUUCCUUACCAGUAAUCAUGUAAAAAUAACUUGCAGUACAAUCCAGUGUGUUUCUGCUUGCUGAAUUCAAUGGGACUUACUCCCAAGCAAGUGGGUAUAGGAUUCCAGUAUUAGAUGUUAAGAUAGUACAAUCUACCUACAUAAGAAGUUGCAGAUAUAUGCUGUUAUGUGUAACAAGUCCACUUUAAACAAAUGCAGAAUCAGGACAUUUAAAAAUUCAAUUCUAUUAUUUUAAGGGAGGUGGCAUAUUUAAUUUUUUCUUUCGUAUUUCAGAGUUCUUCAGUAACUCGACAUGCUUAUUUUAUCCAUAAUAUAAUGGGAUAUUUUGCCCAUAUUGUAUUCAACAUUCUGGAGUUAAAUGUUAACAAUGUAUUAUUUUAAAAUAUAAAAAUAAAAUUUUAAAAUGUUUUAAAAUAGUCAAAUGUUCAACAACAGCAACAGUGCAGAUUAUCAGCAAGAAUAUUAAUUAGCAACAAUAUUACAAAACGUUCUUGCAAUUAAAUAUGAGUGCUCUAGUCAAUAUUGUCCACCCUGGCUAGCAUCAGUUGUGUUUCAGCCAGAAGUCAUUUUUAACUGGUAAUGCCAGGGAUGAAUCCAUUGACUUCUGCAUGUCUUCUAACACUGAGCCACACAUCUUUCAUUUAUCGUAACUUAGUAUGCAAACAUCAGCCCUUAAUCUUUCUACUCUAAAUAUUAUAAAACAGGUGGGGGGAACCUUUCGCCCUCUAGAAGUGGCUGAACUACAACUCCCAUAAGCCCCAGUAGGCAUGGCCAAUGUCCAUGAAUGAUGAGAGUUGUCGUUCCUCAACAUUUGUUGUUGUUUAGUUGUUUAGUCAUGUCUGAUUCUUCAUGACCCCAUGGACCAGAGCACGCCAGGCACUCCUGUCUUCCACUGCCUCCCGCAGUUUGGUCAAACUCAUGCUGGUAGCUUCGAGAACACUGUCCAACCAUCUCAUCCUCUGCCGUCCCCUUCUCCUUGUGCCCGCCAUCUUUCCCAACAUCAGGGUCUUUUCCAAGGAGUCUUCUCUUCUCAUGAGGUGGCCAAAACAUUGGAGACUCAGCUUCAGGAUCUGUCCUUCCAGUGAGCGCUCAGGGCUGAUUUCCUUAAGAAUGGAUAGGUUUGAUCUUCUUGCAGUCCAUGGGACUCUCAAGAGUCUCCUCCAGCACCAUAAUUCAAAAGCAUCAAUUCUUCGGCGAUCAGCCUUCUUUAUGGUCCAGCUCUCACUUCCAUACAUCACUACUGGGAAAACCAUAGCUUUAACUAUACGGACCUUUGUUGGCAAGGUGAUGUUCCUCAACAUAAGGAUGUUCCCUACACCUGCUAUAAAGAGACAUUUCAGCUGUAUUAGAAAUAACCAGAUUAGGAAAUUAUCCCAAGUUGCAUUAAUAAGCAAAAAUCUGAGACACUGCAAAAUAUAUACUGGCACCACUGCUGUUAAUGAUUGAUACCGAAAUUAUCAUAUUCACUAUUGUUACAAUUGAUGCUAGGAUACCCGUUUUCAUCAGUGGGUGUUGAUGCUGAAAUAUACAUUUGCAUUUGUAGUAUUACAAUAAUUAUGUGAAAGUGUAUAUAUUAUUUGUUCUUAUUUUUAGGUAAACACUGCAUGGGACUGGUGGAUCUGGACCGGGCUUGGGGAGUGGAAAAAUGCAACUACUCUGCGCAAGUGAUAUCAAUGGAACCAGAGACAUGUUCCCCAAAGAACAACUUGAUAGUGGGUGUCCCAGUUUAGUUCAAAGGGCUUUUCUGAUCAAUUUGAAUUAAUAAUCACUCCUUGUGAUCAAAGUCCAGUAACAUUUUGGAGAUACAAACUACAGCUGUGAAGCAGACAGUGCACAUCUUGAAUCCAUUGUCUCCAAAAUAAGGAAGCAGAGAGGAAAGGGGUUGGCAGUGGGGCUGCUUGCAAAGCUUCCUAAAUCCUCCUUGAAAUGUGUGAUUAAAUGACAGCUGGUUCUCAGAGCAGGAAUAUCCCAAAAUGUCCAUCUGCCCCCACAGUAAUACCAAUAAAGUUUUUUUUUAAAAAAAAGCUUCAUCACUGGCAAGGUGAUUUCAUUUCCUUUUCUAUGAAGAUAGAUCUUGCAUGUUCGAAAACAGAUUUUGCAAGUAUUUUUGUACUCAGACUUUGACUAUACUAACAAGGGUACCCAACUACAGAACUCAACUCUCAUCAUUAAAAUCUAGUAACAUGCUUAUUCUGCAACCAUGCUAAGAAUGUGGACAAUAAAGGUUUUUCUUCUUCUCCCAUAACACUGGGAGACACUCAGUGAGUUAGAAUGUUGGAAGAUUCAGAACAGACAAAAGAAAGUACUUUUUCAUGCAGCACUUGGGGCUUAUCCACAAUUCCUCUAGUCUCGCUGCUUUCACCUGGAGAAAACCACUCUUUAGCUUUCAGUUGGAGCAAACCGGCAAUUCAGGUUUUCUCUGGACUGAUGUUUGCUCUGAUUUAGAGCUAAAGAGUGGGUUUUCCUUGGGAAAUGAGUGAGGCAAGGGGGGGCGGAAUGCUUGGACCACUCAAACCUCUGCUUUCUUGGCACAGGACAAGCAGAAGUGUGGACAAUUCACUCCCACAAGAGGCAGUAACGGCCACCAACUUGGAUGGUUUUAAAAGAAGAUUAGACAAAUUCAUGGAGGAUAGGUCUUGUCAUUGGUUACUGCCCAUUAGGCUUUGCUCAUAGAGACAGUAUGCUUCUGAGAACAGAAUACUGGACUUGAUGGGCCUGAGCCAACAGGUUCUUCUCAUGAUCUUAUGCCGACUUGCCACAACAGCAAUUUAGAGGACUUUCUCUGACUUAAUUAACUGUAGAACUCAUUAAGGAGCAUAAUCCUUGGUUUAGCUUUAUAGUUUCCUUUUGUCUUUUCAUUUUCCAUUUCCAUUGCCACAGCUCCUUCCAAGCCCAUUCUGCAUUUGGAAGCACCUACACUUUGGAACUCCCUGCCUAUUGAUAUCAAGUAGGCAGCUUCACUGUACUCUCUUUGGUGCCUGCUAAAAACAUUCUUGUUUUGACAAGCCUACCCAGAUGUUUAGAAAGUUAAGGUAAUUUUAAUCUGUUUUAGUAUUUUAACUUUUGUAUCUUUUUGUAUGGUUGUAAAUUUUUCUUGAUUUUUAUUGCUGUACUUUUUUGUAAACUACUUUCAGGUGUGUUUUUUACAAUCAAGUGGAGCAUAAAUUUUAUGAAAUAAAUUAAUAAAUAAGCAGUGCUGUGGUUGUGCAGUAAAAGAAUUUAUUUUUGAAUGAUUCAUCGGUUGCUUUUUUGUAUAUAGGCAAGGAACAUAAAGGCAAGACCUGUAUGCAUUUUCUUAAAUUUAUUAAACAAGCCUAUAGAAAUCACACUUCAUUUUAAGGACUUCUCACCAUCUAAUGAGAUCUGAUAUUUUGCCCCUUCUUUUUGCACAGUUUUUAGUAGUGCACAGAAGAUGGUGGCUGCUGUUGCUAUAACAUUUCAGCAUGUUAUUUCCUACCAGGUUUCUGUUGUGCUUGCUGUCUUUAAUCUCAGCAAUUUUCGAUUCACUGUUGUGUUUCUGAGAUAUAAAUGCAUGUCCAAUGCACAUUAUUGUUGUGUUUAAAUUUUUAUCCUGCUGGAUAUAGGACUGAUCAACCCAUGAAAAAAAUAUUAAUGAUCAAGUUAUCUGGUAGUGGUACCUCGGGUUACAUACACUUCAGGUUACAUACGCUUCAGGUUACAGACUCCGCUAACCCAGAAAUAUUACCUCAGGUUAAGAACUUCAAGAUGAGAACAGAAAUCGUGCUCCAGCAGUGCGACGGCAGCAGGAGGCCCCAUUAGCUAAAGUGGUGCUUCAGGUUAAGAACAGUUUCAGGUUAAGAAUGGACCUCCAGAACGAAUUAAGUACUUAACCCGAGGUACCACUGUAGAUGUUUUCAGAGCAAAGAAUGCACAAUUGGUUUGUCCCCUUGGGCAGCACAGUUUCUGGACAGAGGAGUCCUCUUAGUAUUUGAAUUACUUCACUUCUAGUUAAUUGUCUGACCUUACUUUUCCAAGUAAUUCUUCACACAAUCGUUUGUAAGCAUUGCAAGAUGUAAAGUACAAAGGGUUCUUUGAAUACCAGAUCUUGCAAACUAUGCAAAUAUGAAGGGGGUCUUUGAAUAUCAGAUUUUUAAGGGAUAUGGGAAAUGGCCAAGGAACAUCAAAGAAUGCCCUGUUGCUAGUUCCUUAAUAUGUGGAGGCACAAAUGUGAGCAGUAAAAUCUUGGAGCUCCUGUGUCCUGGCACUCACACUUAGCAAUUAUUUUCCCAGGAAGGUGCUCUUACCCAUCACACUGGGCAUCUUCAGCAAAUUAGCAAAACAUUUGCUUUUUAAGAAAGCAAUUUGCUUCUAUUAUCCUUGGAUGAUAAAGUGUUCCGUCUACAGUUAUAAAAUAUUAGCAUUCUCAAUGUUGCUCCACUUCAUUUGUUUAGAUGUUGCAUGUUUUAAUGCCCCCAGCCAUGUGUAUGAUUUAAGAGGAAGGAAAAACAUAGUAAGCCACUGGAGGAGCCUUUGCUUGGACCAAGUAUACCAGAGUAAAAUUGACAAAAUAAAUAUAAGCAAAAUCAAAGGUCCUACACACUCUCAGAGGUGUUUCAUCAGAGGAAAUGGAUCAAAACUAUAGUAAACAAGCCAUGUUCAUAGCACUCUGAUCAUAACCAAACCCUUAUCUGCAAAAGUGGAGAUAAGAGUUUCUGUAUUUAAUAGAUGACUACGGCAGAGCGGAACACAGCAGCACUUAUUUAGUAUGGUUUUAAGCCAUACUAUGAUGUAUGUUGCAUAUAAUGUGACAGAGUGGGGAAACUAACCUGGCAGUGAAAAUAUGGAGCAAAUAGUCAUUGGUUUAAAGCCAAACUAGGCAUCACAUGGCAGGUGUGAGUAACAAUCUCCCAAUUAUUUCUUAUUUUCAUUAUCAUUAAAUGAAAGGCGGGGACAGGAAGCGACAGCCUUAAGUGGAGGAAUGGUGAAAGAGAGCCUGCUUAAACCUUCCCCUUCAGUUGGUUUUCAGUUCAACACACACAGCCCAACACAAUUGGAAAAGGACCCAUUGAGCUCACCAUACCCACAAACCAUUUCGCUCAAGACUGCAGCCUCUUGUGGCUUCACUGCAAAAAGGAAGAAAAAUAUCAGAAGACAGUUGUGAUAGCUGCAUCUGUCAUGCAACAUUUCACCUGGCCCUAAGCCAGAUCUGUUUGUUUGGGUGUUUGCAAGUCUAGAAGUUUUAUAUGGCAUUCCUACAGUUCCACUGUAUUUAUGGGGCUUACUCCAAAUUGCAUAGAACUGAAGCCUUGCAACUCAAUCCUAUGCAUAUUCACUCAGAAGUAGGCCCCACUGUGUUCAAUGAAGCUUACUCUUAGGUAAGAGUGUAUUGAAUUUACAAGCAUUAUCAGUUUAAUUUCUCAACCAAUCAGCAGGAGCUUAAUACGAAGGCCCCAGUUUUUAUCAGCCAAAGCUAAAAAAGUGAAGUUGAGGGCUGAAGACACACUUUGUUGUUUCUGGAGAUGUUUGGAUGUGCCUUUGUAAUAUGAAAUGAAAUGAAAGAUAUUAAAGAUAAUUCAGUCCCCAAGAAUGCAUCACUUUACACUUGUUUACAUGGAAUUUCUUUUGUCAUUUUACUGUCUGCUCAGUUUGGAAAACUCAUUUGGGGGCUCUUUGUAACACCUUUUUCUUUUAACCACCCUGAACAAUUUAGUAUCGUCAGCUUAAAAAACUGAUUCCCAAAUAUUAAAACUAAUGGAUCACAACUCCCAAGUUAGAAGUAGCAUGGUCAGAAAGAUUCAAACCGAGAAGAAUUCAGUUGGGAAUUUGAUCUGGGACAUGUGUAAACCUAGUGGCAUGGUACUAUCAGAACUGAAAAAGCGACAACAUAUUUAAAGUUUGGUACAAGGGUGAUAACAAGCAAUGUAUCGUAUUGUCCUCUUUCCUGCAGGUCUACUCCGUUAAUAGUGUAUAAAUUACAAAGGUGUGUCCAAAAGCUUUCCAGCAUCUAAAGAGAAAUGUGAUAAGGCAAAUGGCUCUUCAUCCUACCUAGCAGCCACCUAGCAGAAACAGGGAAAAUGUUGGGAGAUUGGCAUCAACUGUAGGGGGAACUCUGAACUCUGUCAACACAGUCACAGCUCAGGUACUCAGUGGAAGGGAGAGAGAGAAGCAGAUGGCUAAGCAAACAGACUGACAGAUAGCUCACAUGCACUGGUAAUGACAUUUCAAAAGUGACAAGUUUGGAGAACAGCCAGCAGCUGUGACCAACAUGGCUGUAGAAAAUCAGGUCCGGGUGCACAGUGGAAGUCCUUUGGUAAAUUAGACAUGGUAGAAUAUUUUACAGAUAGGUCACAGUCGACCCGUGCUAUGCAAGAGCAAUUUAACAUUGGAAUGUUAAGUAGAGGAUUUGCUGUGGACACCACCUGAUGUGUAUACACACAGCCAGUAAGACCCUGGACACAGCUCCUUGUCUCUGGGCAAGAAAUCAGCUUGCUUUAUCUUGCCACACUUUUUGUCUCUGGUAUGCUUGUUUCCUUUGCCUGCUUUAACUCAUUCCAACUUGGCAUGUGAACAAGGAGCCAAGAGGAAUAUUUGCCAGUGUCACCACUGAAUUUGAUUUGUUUGCUUGCUGCAAUGCCUUCGAUGUGUAUUUCCUCCCAAGAAUGCAUGAUCCUACAUAUUUCUGCCUGGAUUCAUUUCUCUCUGUCUGGGAUUAGAAAAACCCAAGCCUUUCCUAAAAGCCAUGUUUUAUUAGUCAUUCUGUGUUGUGUAUUUACUAAAACGAACUGAUGAAAAUCUUACAGUAUGCAAGACAUGCAAGGUUUGUGAUGCUUUAAAUCGCUUCACUCUGACCCAACUUGCUGGAAUCACAGUGCAACAUAAUUUCAGAAUCCCUUUAUUUGGCAUUUUCUAUGUUUGUUUGCCAUAAUGCAUCAACAACUAGAGCUUGUGUUUAAAUUCUUGCAUGGUUUCCCAAUCCACACAGUUUGUAAUUUUAUCUGCUCAACUAUGUGCUUUGUGGUUUGUUUAUUUUUUUCCAUAUGAUACUCGUGUUCAAACCAAGGUCAUGGUUUAGGGUGUGUUAGCAAAGCAUUCCAUGGAUAUAUUUUCAGAUUGGUAAGUGGCUUUCAAAGCAUUUUCCCCCUUUAUUUUUAUUAUUAGCUUCUAACUUGCAUUCUGGUAUCAUGUUCAGUGCCACAACUAUGCAUUAUGAAGACGGAUGAGAUGACCCCACCAAAUUUAUUUAAGCUCAAGCUACACAAUAUCUGGGGGAUCCAGGAUCAGAGCUCUCAACUUAUUUUCCUAAAAUGCAUCAAUGGGUGAAAAGUCAACCACAAGGGAGGGUCUUUGAUCCUGUUCUCUUGCAUUGAUGAAGCAAAGCACACACUCUGGCACAAGACACAGAGGGGAUACUCAUGAGAGUAUUAUGAAUUGCCUUGCUGAAUCAACACGACAUACAACUAGUUCAUCAAUGCUGUCUGAUUGGCUGCUUGCAUAAUGGAUGGGGAACCUGUGGCCCUCCAAAUGUUGGACUCCCAACUCUCACCAGCCCCAACCAGCAUAGCUAGUUAUCAGUGAUGAUGAGAGCUGAAGUCCAACAACAUCCAGAAGGUGGCAGAUUCUGCAUCCCUGCUAUAUAAGUUCACAGGUAAGGCAUGAAGGUGAUCAUAAAAUUGUAGAUUUGGAAGAGACGCUGUGGGUCAUCAAGACCAAUGCCCCGCAGUGCAGGAAUCCCAACUAAAGCAGCCAUGGCAUCAAAACAUAGACCCACAACAUCUAGCAAUUUGAUGUGUACUGCUUCCAAGCAUUGUAUGCCGACUGCCUCUUCACCCCAUUUCCAUUAGUUCUAACUAGAAUGUAUAUACAGGCUCAACCACCCAUCUCACAGGACCCAUGCAGUGUCCACGCAAAGGCAAGGCAUGUAGGCUGGGCCAAACACUAAUAGGAUCAUGAUCUCCAAAAGCAGGGAGAAUUUCUUGUCAUUCCAGAAGUAGAUGGGAUGCAAGCUGCCAACUAUAGCUCCAGAGGAGUAGACUACAGCUGUGUCAUUGGGAAGACCCACAUACAUAACAACGCAGGUUGUGUACAAAGUGGUUCUCCCAAGUUAUGCAGUCUGCAACUACAUAGGUGUGAGCAGUCAUGAUUUCACAGUCCCACCUCCAAAAGGUUUGGUCAGUGGAAGCUGUAGUAAAACACAAUGCAUCUGACACACACACACCAUAAAGUGCAUAAGUCUGAAUUAUGAAUUCAUAAGUUGGCAUGUGCCAACCUUGAUGGAGCCAUACAAUCUCCACUGCUGCCACCACCACACCCAUGAAAAUUUGUGCCCUGUUUAUGGCAGGGUAACCAAGCACAGAUUGGGCAGAACUCUGGGUUGUAGGUGAUUAUGAUAGGACACUAUUACUCACAAAGCAUCUGCAUGGUCCUUUGUGCAUAUACGCAUGUGCUUCCCCACAUGGAAAAGCUGUACUAGAAUUUAGCCAGUUACAUUUUUUUCAAGGAGUUAUCUGCCCUUUGCUAUUUGGCUGAACACUUCAUUUCUGCAUUCUUUUCCCUUUAGAUGCUUCUUUCUCUAAACCAGGGGUCAGCAACCUUGUUCCAGUGAAUGCUUUCACUGCUGACCCAGGGCAGGUGCCCCAGACUUGAGUUUUAUUUUAUUUUAUUUUUUAAACCAAAUCUCUAUUCCUAGAUAGGAAGUUACAGGGCAAAAUGUGUGGGUAGCUUUUAAAGGAUUUCUGUGAAAUAAGACUGGAUGUUGUGAGCCACCUAGUAUAUUUCUGCAGGUACCCAUUGCUAUUGGACAGCAAAAGCACCAUUGUGUUUGUGGUGUGUGUGUGUGACAUCAGUGUGUGAUCUCCAGAAUCAGG